GAUUGGUUCAUUUUUAAUUCUCAAGUAAAUUAUUAACAUUCUUCCUUACCUAUUUUACUAGAUCGGUCAUUUGUUUUCUGCCCUUCAAGAGUUGGAAAAGGUAGGACACUUUUGCUUCCAAAAAGUUUUGCAUUAUUAAAUCUCUGCUAUCUAUAAAGUAAGUUUUAAAUUUUUUUUUAUUUAUAUUUAGUUUUUCUUUAAAAAAAAAUAAUCUAAAUUGCGAUGCGUGGUCUGUUAAAGUAAUGGGUCACAAGAUGAUGAUUUGCUAGCUGGUAUGCUAAUGUUUAAGCAGUACUGGUUGUUUAGAAUCACCUUCAGCUUAGUCGUUUGUUGACUAAACGGUGAGUUUUAGUGUGUUGAAAAUUGAUGAAAAAAUGUACCCGUCCCCAAUAAUUAAAAACUUAUUUAAUUUGAUCUGCUGUCAAUAUACCACAGUAUGCUGUUAAAUAAGCAGAACUGCGGUGUAAGAGGAUUACAUUAUUAUGAGAGUAUGUAGUAUUAUUUAAACGAUUAUUUACUAACGAGCGAAUGGGGGAGACUGAAAAUCAAAUAGUGAAAUUCAGGCUGAAAUUGUCAAGUUAAAGCCUAAAUUUCGCUUUUACAUUUACUACAGUUUAGUGUCCUACAUGGUAAAAGAAUUUGCUAAAAUAAAAAAAUUUGUAAAAAAACAAACAAACAGUAAAGGAAUGUUUGAGGCUAUCGCCAAGCUACUGUAAGUAGAAUGUAUAGGAUGACCAUUUGGCCCAAGUUGUUUUGUCUCUUGUAUGUGUUGGGUUACUAAAGGAUUAAUUUUAGGGUGUUUGAGAAGCUAUUCAAAAUGACUGUUAACAUAAUCACUAUCACUUGGUAUGAGAGGUGUUGAGGGUUUAUAAGUGGGUUGAUGUAAGAUCAGUUUUCUAAAUUGUUAUGUCCAUGUUGCAGAAGAUUCUUUUUUUCCUAAGUUAGGGCUGUAAACAGUGGAAGUUUCGUGAUCUCCGAGUAUCGUCGGUCAAGGGGGGCCGAGGCGAGGCAGGGGAAAUCCCUGCAAAAAAGUUAUUUAGUAUAUUGCCAAUACGGCACUUUAAGUGCUCACUUUUAGUUUUGUUUUGUUUUUGUUUUUUUGUGCUUACAAAGAAAAGCAAUGAAAAGUAAAAGUGCAAAAUUGUUUAUUUUUUGAGGCAGUAGGCUGACAGUUUAAAAGAGACUCAGCAGAGCAGCCAAAGAGUUAAAUCCCCAAUAAACAGAAUUCUUCCACUCCCAGGGUACAUAGCAAAGCCCAGCGUCACCAAGAUCAGGGACUGAGUUCACAAACACUUAAGAGCCAAAGGGGGUUCAUAAAAAAACACAAGCCAAAGACACAGAGACAGAAAAAGCACCAGAUUUUUUUUAGGUGCAGAGUUCUGGAAACAUUUUUAAUGAUAUUACACACAACCCAAUCACACUCAGCCAACUCCACACAUACAUAUCACAUCCAGCCAGCCACUACAAUCACACUCAUGUGCAUUGCUUAUAGUGGUGCCACGAGGGUGGCCUUUCUUUAGUUUUUUUUCACUGGGGUCCCAGAAGUUCCUAGUUACUGUUAAUAUUAAUUUGUGGGUGUUUACUCACUUCAGAAUCACGCUGCACCUGGAAAAUCUUGUGAUCUCAGUUAGUUACACGUUCCCAAUGAAUGAUCUUACAGUGACUGUGUUUGGGUUCAAUAUAAAUACAGAGAGCUGUGCAGGCCGUGCCCUGUAUUACAAUGGAUAAAUUAAAAUCUCGCUCUGUCUGUGACUCAGGUCUGAUUAAACAGGUAGAAAGACAGUGAAAUAUGACAUUUCUGUAAAUAGAAAUCAGUGGCUCAUUGCAUUGUGACCCAGCUGCUUAUCUGAGAGAUAUUUUUGGUUUAGUUUAGAAUGUUAAGAUUAGUACUAUAAUGAUAUAAACCUAUAAGGAAACCUCAAUAAAUUAAUGUUAUCAGUAUAUAAAAAAAAUGCACUCUAAGCACCAAAACCACUGUAUAUCACUGCAGUGGUUAUGGUUAUAUGUGUUUUUGCAUGCUGUCCUUCUGCCUUUUUCUGUGGAAAUGCUUUUAAGCAGUGUGACAAAAACCCCAGCCCAACCCCCCGCAGCCCAGCUGGGCAAUGCAGAAGAUUCACUUCCUCAUUAUCUGUCCAAAAUUGUACAACUUUGACAGCGAUGCUGGGCUUUGAGUUCUAAUAGCAGGUUAACCCAGCAUUCCGAAUCAGUCAUAGCCAACCAAAUGCAGGCGUAAAUGAAAUGUGAACAAUACAUUUUCAGAGCAAGGCAGCUACAAAGGCCAUCUAAAAGAAAAUACAUUGUCACAGAGGCAGGAUGUGUGUUAUUGUAUCGGGCUGAUAUACCUAGUGUUUGGAUUACAUUUUAGAUCUUUUAGUUAGAGUUUACAAGUACACACCCAGAAUUUUAUUUGUGAAAUGUCACUGUCUCUUUAAUGGUGUUGCUGCUGUGUCCAGAUGUGCAUCUCUAGAGCUAAAGGAAAGGCGAUAGGUCUCAUGUGAUUUUGUGCAGUGAACCGGUAAAAUCCAGCACUAUCCUGAAAUCCUUCUGCAGUAAUAGGAAACAUUACACCGGUCGUGGUCAUUUCCAUUAAGGUGAUAUGAAUGUUAAAUUGAGGACACUGCGAUUGCUUACACACGCUUUACUGCAGGAAAAUCCCCGAACACAUUACAAGGGGACGCCAGACGCCUUUAUUGUAAGAUUUUAACACUUGGGUGUUUUUUCACAAAACCCUGAAUUGUAAAGAACUUACAUCAGAAUAGCAAACGUAUAGGAAAAAGUAGCUGAUUUGGAGAUAUUCUUAAACUCAACUCUAGUUACAGAGCAACUAUUUACAGAAACAUGAGGAUUUCCACUCACAUGAAGUGGAGCUUCCCUACCAACUCCAGCUACUAUAUUUGAAUAUAAUUGUAUUAAGGCCCAAUGUAAUUUUUAGCUCCACUCCCACAAAGCCCCUAGUCUGGCGCUGACAGUCCAAGUCUACCAUGUGUAGAAUCACACAUUGUGAUCCCGCUAUAGCUAUAUGUCAUUUAAUAUGCAACUUUGGUUCAUCACCGUAUUUUUUCAUUUCAGAGCUAUGUUGGGUACAAAUUCCAUUUAUCUGUUAGUUCUUCUGUCUGCGUCAGCCCAGGUAGGUACAAGAUUCAAAAGUGUCUUUGAAGGAAUAGUAAGAUAUAAUUACAAAAAAAGUUUAAUGCAAUGUAUGUGUUUAGUGAAAGUUUAAGUACAAUUGGCAGUGAAUUUAAGUAAAAGCUGAUUAUAGUGAGUUGGUGUGUUUUUCUAGAUCACCUAUUUAGGUCUGAGUUUUGCCAUUUUAAUUAUUUUUCACUACUUCUUCUAUUUAAGUUUUAGUAAAUAAUCCAGUCAGAGAUAUCAAAAGUCCUCAAAAAGACAACCCGGGUGCCAAAUGGAUUUGUUUACAGGGAACCCUGGGUUUCUGAUGAGAAUCUAUUCAGACACAGAGUAACGGUGUAAUUAAUAGCUACAGGAGGUGAUAUAAUAACCCAUGGGACAUUUUCAAAGGAUUUUUACUAUUAUUUAUUCUGUACAUUUAGCAAAUUAAUUGCUUGUGAGGUAUGAAAAAUGAAUGCGAAAAUCCACACUGCUGUAUUUAAAGGACCACUAUAGUCACCCAGACCACUUCAGCUCAAUGAAGUGGUCUGGGUGCCAGGUCCCCCAGGUUUUAAACCUGCAGCUGUAAACAUACCAGUUUCAGAGAAACUCAGGGCCCCCCUCAGCCCAGCAGGAGGGUGGGGGGACCUAAGGACUACGUAGUGCCAGGAAAACAGGUUUAUCCAACUCUAUCCAGGAACCGGGUGCCUCCAUCUUACCUCCCACAACUUGUAACAAAUACCUUCAUGGAGUUGGAGGUAAUCACAGGUCAGGAUGGAACAUAGUUUGGAGAAAAAGAAGCACAAUCUUUUUUCUCUUUUUGUGUGCCCUGCCCGUGCCAGGACGGAACUGGAUUGUGAUGUCAAAUGCUAAAUCUUUAAUUUCCAUUACUAAGAAUACAGAGCAUGACAUGAAAAGAAGGAUCACCCACGUUAUAAGUGAUAGUUUUAUUCAAUGGUAUUCAUUUUAGAGAUGAAACAGUGUCUGGCCUUCACGGUGAGCUGUAACUGCUGGAGACCUAUUGCUGAGCCUCUAAUAGUGUUUAUUAGCCAAGAUACCAAUGUACAGGAGUCAGAACAGUUCCAUGUAUUGUGAUGGUACCCAGUUUAAUGUGAAUCCACCUAAUCUGACAUUUCAGCAUGGCGCACACAGUGAAUUGUAUUCAAGUUUUGACUCUGCUAACUACGCCAUUUGCAAGAAACACACGUAUUGUUUUUGGGAUCUGACAUCAGUAACUGUGAUUUUGUUUGGUGCAGGCAACAUCCCCCGUUUCACCACACAAACAAGUUAUUGAAGUGCUUGAAAACUAUAAGGCGUCUCCUUGGUAUCUAGGCAAGGUAAAGUAAUGGAACGUAUAAUGGAGAAAUGGUUUUCAAGUUAACAAUACAUAUUUUGUUAGAUUUUAUCAACAACGUAUUGCAUUUUUCUUUUUCAUACUUGUAGUUGUCAUUACAAACGUAAUUAUUAGCAGCAGUGUCCUAGCUGUGCCCUGUUUGUGAAUGCCUUGUGUCAUGGCUUCUGGUUUGAGUCCUCAUUAUGAUCUAACUUUGCCCUAGUUUUAAAAAAAUGUGUGGUGCUGCCUUAAAAGACCAAAAAAAAUCCUACUUAGAAAUACAUGUUCCAGGUGUGCCUCCAAUCCUGUUUUUUCUGUGUAUAUUUCAAAUCCAGAUGAGAUUGCAAUUGGGUUUAGCACCCCACCCAUCCACUAUAGAUGCACCUUGGAGGUGAUCACAGGAUAAAUUGACGAGAGUCUCAGGAAGCAGUUUAAAGGGACACUCCAGGCACCCAGAUCACUUCUGUCCAUUGGAGUGGUCUGGGUGCCAACUGCCACCACCCUUAACCCUGCAAGUAUAAUUAUUAUAAACUGCAAUAAUUACCUUGCAGGGUUAAGUCCUCCUCUAGUGGCUGACCAUCAGACAGCCACUAGAGGGACUUCCGUGUUCUUAGAACACGAAAAGUGUUUUAAAUGAUGCUGAACGUCCUCACGCUAUGCACAAGGACCUCCAUCGCCGCGGGAAUUCCCAUAGGAAAGCAUUGAAUAAUGCUUUCCUAUGGGGAGGUCUAAUGCAUGCAAGCGGCCAUUGAUUUGCAUGCGCAUUAGGUCUCCCCCCUGACGUGGGCGGGGGAGGAGCGUGGGCGGAGCCUGACCCAAUGCCGAAGGGACAUCGGCGCUGGAUUCAGGUAAAUCACUGAAGGGGUUUUAACUGGAGAGUCCCUUUAAGCAGUAUGCAUUGCAGUUAGCAUGUUUAUCUCCCAUGUCAAAAUUAGUCUAGGACCCACCGAUAUUGGGGUCCUGUGAUGUAGUGCUGGGUUUGACACAAUAUGGCCACAUGGUGCAAAUGAAUCCCCAUAUUUGUUUGCUAAGAUAGGGGAUUUUAUAUAGCCUUGUAAAAUGUAAAACUGUUUUUUUCGUGUGUGCGCUGUUCCUCCCUAAUCUGUAUUUUGUAUAUAUAGUGGUAUAUUAGGCAGCACUGCUACUGAGAAAGCACAGCCUGCAGCCAAAGACCUUAUUGUCAUGUAAAUCCACUGGAAAUGUUUAGUCACAUUGCUACUCAUUUAUCGGUAUUAUUACUAACAUUAUUAAUUGAGUGCUAAUUGUGUGGAACAUUCUUUUCAAAUCUUAAGCCAAAGCAGUUGAAUUGGACAGAAAAUCUAAGUUGGCCAUGCUUUUAUUUUCACUUACAAAUCACUGUGAAUUCACAGAAAUCUACACAUCCAGGAUUAUUCACUAAAGCUUUCGGCUGAGCUACUCUGGCCUUAAAUUUGAAAAUCACUUUAAAAUCAUUUAGAAUUCUCGCUGUAGUAAAUAACCCUGAAUGAAAACACACAAUAUGUAUACAUUCAGCGGCUGAACUAACGCAGAGAGGGCCCUGCUCCAUGAAUUCCCUCCCCUCCCCCAUCACAAGAGAGGGCAAAAGAAAGAUUCCACAACUGUUAAAGCGCCGCAGUACAAGACCCUACAGACAAAUGCCCAUCAGGUGGCUGUAAGUGCAUGGGCGACCCAAUGGGCCCCCCUCUUUGUGCAGGCCCCGGUGCAGCCGCACAACCAAUACCGGCAGUAGUUCUGCAUUAUAUAAAGUACACAAUAUACACGUGAGUAAAAAAUGCAUACUUUAUUUGAUUGGUACAUUUCUCUGCCAGAUAUGUUUCAGUAGUUUUUUUUUCUCACAAAUAACACCAAAUAAAUCACCACACACAGUUUGUGUUUUAUGUUCCAUGUUUCCACUAAGGUCCCUUUAAUUCUAUUUAGAGAAACCGCAGAGUGACUUAGCAUGUGUCAGUAAUGCGUGCACUUUGUAGCAGGCUGUAUUCCCACUUUGUAACUGCCUGACGGUUAUCCUAAUAGAAUUUGCCAAUUAACCUUACAGUAAAUUCCCUUCUAGAUAAAGCUUGCAGCAGAUGGCCCGUAUGAUACAGAGUUGGUUGGGAACGACGAAGGGAUAUUUCAUUUUGAUCCAGAGACUGGCUUUUUGCAGACCAACCAAUCCUUUGAUCGAGAGAAGCAGGAAUUCUACACCCUUCAGGUGCCGUGAUUGAAUACAAAAGCAAUAUAAGCAGCGCAGUUAAAUAAGUGGCCUGUGUUGCCAUAGGUUCUCCAUAUUGGUUGUGAAAUACAGAAAUACAUACCUGUACCAAUAGAUUGUUUUAUAUCUCGGUCUGUCACCGCCAGAAUUAGCUCUGACAUAUUAGUGGGCAUAGCUCGCAAUGACCAUAGAAGGGACACUAUAGUCACCAAAACAACUUUACCUUAAUUAAGAAGUUUUGGUGUAUAGAUCAUUCCUCUGAAGUCUCACUGCUCAAUUCUCUGCCAUGUAGGAGUUAAAUCACUUUUGUUUCUGUUUAAGCAGCCCUAACCACACCUCCCCUGGCUGUGACUGACACAGCCUGCCUGAAAAAAAAUCAUUUUCACUCAGAUGUAGCCAACUUUAAAAGUUUUAUCUCCUGCUCUGCAAAUGUAAUUUUAAUUACAUACAGGGGGCUCCCGCAGGGAGUAGCAAGCUAGUAAUAGAGCAGGAAAUAAGAAAUUCUAAAUUAAACAUAGUUUGCAAUAAAGGAAGUGCAAACAUUAGAUGACUCUUUACAGGAAGUGUUUAGUAAGGCUGUGUAAGCCACAUGCAGGGAGGUGUGACUAUGGCUGUAUAAACAAAGUGAUUUAACUUCUAAAUGCCAAAGAAUUGAGCAGUGAGACGGCAGGGGCAUGAUGUAUACACCAAAACUGCUUCAUUAAGCUAAAGAUGUGUUGGUGACUAUUGUGUCCCUUAAAACUAUGCUUGUUAUUUACCCCUUGUGAUGUUUACAUAACUAUGAAGAGAAAAAGAACACAAAUAGUGCAGAUUGUACAAAUGUAACCAGAGAUUUUGAUAGAAAUUAUAAAAAAGAUUUUUAAAAUGCACAAAAACAGGAACACAAAAAACAGGUAAAACAAUAAGUAAAUAUAGUACAGCCACAAGAGGGAGCAAAACAUUUUGAGAAAAAUAAAAUGUAAACCGCUAUUGCAGUGCUAGAUCUUCAAAGAUCGGACAAGCACAGUAAUUAUUAUAAAUACAAUCUACAUUUAGAAAGCGUAUAUUUAUAUAAAAAAAAAUCUAUUUAAAAACCAAACAAUAAAAUAGAAGUAACCAUAGUGUAAUGUAGUGGUCAUGGUGCUUGGAGUGUUCAUUUGAUGUUCUAUACACUUUGUUACAUUUUCACAGGUGAUUGUAAGAGGUAACGAGGAAGCUGUGAUUGAUUCGGUCACCAUCCAAAUCAUCAUUAAAGAUGCCAACGAUAACCAGCCUGUCAUGACACAUAAAACCUUUCAUGGCGUUAUCAGCAAAGGAUCGGGGCAAGGUACAAACCUGGGCUUAGUCUUGAUAAUUAGGCUUCAAAUUUGGCCUCUCUUCUGCAAAAUAAAAAUUAAAACAAUCAAGUAACGCAUAAGAACAAAUUGUUCAUAUUUUUUGCCAUUCAAGGGAUGCAGCAUGCAAAAAUGCCCCCGCUCCCUUGUUUUUUAAGGCAUUAUAUUGAUAAUGCACUCAAAAUAUGGAAAAAAUACAUCUGAUUUCCUAACAGUGUAGCACUUGCUUACUCCUGCGAGUGCAGUCGACAGACCAGGAAGAGGAACCUCCAAUCCAGAGUCUGGCCCAUCGGGUUUUUUUCUUAUCCAUUCUUUGUGUUCCCUGUAUGGUUUAUUAAUACAAAGAUAACUUUUAAUAUUAUUGCUCUUUGACUGUGUAUUAAACAGACGAGCCACAAAUAUAAUAUCUAAAGUUGUACGUGUGAAUGUGAGAAGCUGAGAGCUUCACUUGGCAGGAUUACCCAACCCUCUUCAGCUGCCGUUAGGAGGACGGAAAAAAAUGAAUCGGGCAUUAAUGAAGCAUAUGACUUAUUGUUCUAAGUCCCUCUUCUAAACAUGUGGUCAGAGAUCUGCUGUCAGAUGUCUUUACAAAGCUUCCCACACUCUAGCGCUCCACACUAAAAUGUCAGGGCAGAGAUACAGGACCAUUUUAGCCCUCUUAUCUCACCAGUUGGACCACUUUAUCAUUAGCUGAUACUUCAGUUCCAGCAAUAUAACACAGUGUGUGCAUGGUGUAUACACAUUUAUAAUAGAAUGCUGUAUCUGUGACUAGUGUUAGAACAAAUUCUAUUAUUUCUAAUUUACGGAAUUAAGAUUGUAAUGUAUUUAUUCACUACACAAUGGGUUGUGAAGAAUAAUGAUGGAAGCUUAGCAAAGUUGCCCUCAGUUUGACCUAAAAUCAGUUGUUAGUUAGCUAUACAUCACUGGCAUCAAUAGGGGAUGCAGACCCCCUGCAUGACACCAUAAAGGCGGUAACGCCAGCAAGGUCGCAUUGGGGUGCCCUAGCUGGGGAGUUGAUGCAAAAUGCAUCCUGCUGGCCUGUCCUUGCAAAGAAUCAAAGAGCUCUCUCACUGGCUCAGUGCAACCAGUACACAGGGCCCAGAGACCUUCUGGUCAGGAUCUUUGUCAGGUGUGGACCUUGCAUAUAAUUCUCGUGAGUUCCAGCACUAUCACUGAUAGUAAACCUCAUUGAUUUAUUAGUUAACGUGUGAAUUGCUGGGAAUUUACAGUGAAUUUCAGAUUGUAAGUCACAAAACCCAAAUUGAAUAAUUGUUCAAAGUCAGCGAUAAUUUCAAUGCGACUGUUUUGACUUUCUUUUUCAAUCACUCUGGGGCUUAUUUACUGAACAAUGAAUUGUAAGGAAUUGAAAAAUACAUUGCAAACCUCAGGCUAAAAUAGCCCAGCUGUGACUGGAACUGAGUUGGAAAAUGUUCCCAAUUGACCAAUUUUAGCCUUAAAGGGACACUCCAGUGUCAGGAAAACACUGGAGUGUCCCUUUAAUUUCCUGGAGUGUCCCUUUAAUUUCUCAGUGUGAUUUUCAGUUCACUCUAACACAGUUGUUUAGUAAACACACACUUUGAAUUGUUGAGCUUCACACUUCAGUGAAUAAGACGACAUGUCAAAGUUUAUAGGACUCAUAUUUAAGAAAACAGGAAACACAUUAAAAUCAUUGAGGAAAGGAUUCUGAAAAAUAUCAUAGAUUAUUGUAAACCAUUCGGAAUACUAUUGCCCUGUUUAUGCGCUGUAUAAAUCCAGAAAUUGAUCUAGAGGUUUCACAUGGUGUUGACAAGUCAUGUAAAUCUAAGAUUCUCAAGAAUCUUUGUAAAUAAUUAGCUGCAAAGACGCUGCCCAGCACUAAGGGGGUUAAAUACAGAGCAGAUGUCAUUAAUUUAAACCUAGCGAGAAAUAGCCACGGAGCUCUUGGAUAACACAAACAAGUCACAGUCUAUGACAUCAUUCUGGAGAAUAAAGUAAAUGAUUUGACAUGUUUACAUUGCACCUUUCACCGAAGGGAUUCCCCUCUCCGAGCUGUGUUUUGCAGAGGAUAAUUCUGGAAGUAACAUUUCGAUUCAUGUUUCAGGGUAUAAAUUCCCGAUACGUAAGUCUGGCAGGAUUUUCUGUGUUUAUUCUACAGAUCCGAAGAAUAAACAGUAAUACUCUAUUAAAUUGGUGCUGUGCACGUCCCUAACACCUCACAAUCCACUAUAACUGCAUAUGUGGGGAAAUGACAGUAUUUAGACUGUGAGAUGGCCCAAUGGCUCCAGCUCCAGAUGCAAUGUCUCAAAAACCCAGGCUCAGCUCCUGGCACGGUCAAUACAUUAUUUUAUCUUGCUCAUGUUGUUUAAAGAAAGUACGGUUAAGUUGGGUAAUAAUGGCAGCUAGAGCCAAGGGCCUCCUUAAAACUGUCUUAAUGUCCUCUAACUCGUUAAAUAAAUACUUUGAUGUUAUUAUUAUUAUUUAACUAUAUUAAAGUAAUACACAACUAUUACAAGAGUUUUGAGACUUUCUGAACAUUUAUGGUAAGAUUUCUAAAGACAUCCCUAACGAAAAAGUGGAUCAGAGUUCUAAAGAUGGAGAAAUCGUAUUCGUAUAGGAACCCAAUGGAGUGUUCUCGGUUUCCUUGGUGAUUGCUUUACCUUUAGAAUGUUCUACUGGUGACACAUUUAUAAAUCUCGCCCAUUACCUGCAUCAUGUGCUAGUCUGUUCAUGCCCAGCUGUAAGUAGACAUGCCUGGACCUCAAUGGUUUUGGGUCAUUGUAUCCACACGUUGUCUCUAUAAUGCCAGUUUGGUAAUAACUGAUUGACACAGUGCCGAGUACUAAUCUUGUUUAUUGCCUGUUCUAGGAGUGGCUUUCAUGCACGUGCAAGCCACUGAUGAAGAUGAUCCUAUGACAGAUAACGCAGAUUUACGUUAUUCCAUCUUGCCGUAUAACUCGGCGCCUUAUAAAGAUAUGUUCCAGGUGGAAGCACAAACAGGAGCAGUUUCUUUAACUGAGCAAGGUAAGAUUGCUUCUGUAGAAAGUACAAAUCAAAUCAGACCUCCGUGUGUUAACAGUAUCUUUUACAAGUUUAGUAAAUACUCCCCAUAGCUCUUCAUUCGAUUAGAUUGCAAUCAUUCAUCCCCACCCCCCCCCCUCCCAUGUAGCCAGCCGCAGGUACUGGAUGGUGGUAAUGAGUAUUUGUAGAUCCUACAACCUAAACUCAACUGCCUAGUAAAGACUUCUCAUUGAGCUGCAUUGGGAAGUCUGUGAUUGGACAGCCACAGAAAGUCUGGGCGGGGUUAGAAGGGGAGGGCUUGCAAAGGCUGCAGACAGGAGAUCUGCAGCUUCUGCAAGCUGUUUUUAGAUAUAACCCUAGUGUUAACAUUUGUAGUUAAAUGUAUGCAUUUUUAUUUCAUGGGGGAUUAUAUCUUCUAAACAGUGAUUUUUUAUUAAUUUUGGAGUGUUCCUUUAAGGCUGAUUCUGCUGUCUAUUAAACACACUCUUGCAAGCUGAAGCUAUAAAGUAGCUCUGUUAAAUGUCAUAUUGUGACAGACGACAAUAUUAAAAGCUAGAUCAGAAAAUGUGCGCAUUAAAAGCGGCUACCCAUCCCCUAUUAUAAUUACAGCGUGUGCAGCAAACAAUAAACACAAGCAAAAUUAUAAUAUACACUCAUUUUGCAAUGUUCUCAUCUUGACAUGGAAAGAAAUUGGUUGCUCCUGAAAUCUACAAAUCACAGCACUUUGUUCUGCUAACGCGACAAAGGUUUUAUUGUUUUUCUGACAUGUGAUGAAUUUGUUUCAACAGCACAGUACAUUCAUAUUAUGCAAACCAUAUACUUUUUAAAAUGCCAAGGACACGCGUACUUAGGAGCAGCAGAAAAGCUAAGCUAGUGUCCUACACUAUAAUUUAGCGAGUCAACAAAAUAAAUCACUUUUCUCUUUUAUCAUGCGGCGUUGUACACUCAUUUUAUUCCCGACAAUUCUAUGACAUCAGCUGUUAAGAAACGAAACAAAAAAAUAAUAAAACAUUUUACCGGGAAACCUUGCUACCUCUAAGAAUACAAUACAGACUCCGACAUGAAGGUACCACGGAUUUCCUGAUGGCCUGCGUAAGAAAACUCCUACUGAUGUACGUAAGAGACUGGGAGAGACCUUCUUUACAAUUUUCAGAUAUUCUUUGUGUUGGUGAAAAGAUUCACCAAUCAUUUCAUAAAUGUACCCUGUGAUUUUUUUUUUUUUGACAACUCUUAAGAAAUCACAACUUCUUAGUCAGCCUGCGUGCUUUGCUGUUAUCACUGUUGAAUUAUGAAAAGUAGUCCUUUGGGUGCCAGAGGGAAGAUGGUCCAAUUGCGUCAGCCUACGUGCUGCAGUUGUGUCAGCUUGCUGGCCUUGACUCUACAUUUGGCACACCUUGGAAACCAUCAGAUCCAGGAUAUUGUAAAUUACAUUUCUGCUGGGAAAUAACAACUGGACAUUGCUUAUUGUAUAGGUCCAGGACCAUUUUCAACGUUGUCUUUGCAGCUGUGAUUCCUGUGAUUUUUAUUAGAUUUUGUACAUUUCAAUGAUUUUUACUGAUUUGUUUCUGGUUUUGUGUUCUCUCAAACCUGGCUAUUUUCUCUGAUGUUUUUGUUCUCUGGUAUUAUACCCACUGUGCGAGUGGAUGUUUCUUUUGUCUUAGUCUCUUAAGAGGUAUAUCCUUAAGCCCUGUAGUUCUUAGAAUUAAGAAUACAUGUUCUUGUCCCUGGCCUACAACCCAAUCAUUUAUGGUCAAGUUGUAGCCUAGACUCUGUCCAUGAAUCCAUACAUAUUCUGGCACAUAGUAAAGAAACUCACAUAUCAAAACAUGUUAAGGAUCUAGCAUAUUUUACAAAUGCUUGUUGCAAGAAAUGGUGCACAACGUAGUCUAUAAAAUGCAUCAAAUUAAACUCUUCCCCUCGAUAACACAAGCUGUUAUAUUACCUGCAUUAUUCAUGUUCCAGUAAUGUAUAAAAAGUUUGUACAUCAUCGCAAAGAAUGCAGAACAUAGAACGACAGACUGGCUGGGGCAAAUGCUCACUUGCUAAAUUACUACUGAUUGAAGAAUUUGGUUUCAUCAACAGCAGAUUUUAUAACAAAACACUAGAUAUUCUGCAAAGAUACAGUGGAAUCUGGCAAUCACCAUCAAACAGCCAGACAGACAUGAUGAUACAUGGUUUAAUUGGCGCUGCCUGGUUAAAUGUGAAUUUACAUUGUAUUUUCCGUUGACAAUCUAAGAACCCCAUUUUGUAUACACUGUAUUCAUUACUAGCAGGCUCCAGUCCACGCCUUCACAAUCCAUGUUAAUAUAAAUUGGACAAAUUAUUUAAAAGAAAUCAGUGUUGUUAAAAAAACAUCUUACAAAGAAAAAGAGGAAUGGAUUUACUAAAUAAUUUACAUCUCGUGGUUAGAAAUUUCAACUAUUCAUGCCAUCUUCUAUAUCCAACAGGUGCUGCUACUUUGCCCGAGCUGCAAGAGACCAAGUUCAAGUUUGUGGUUCAAGUUAAGGACAUGGGGGACGAACCGCUCGGGAAUAAAGACACUGCAAACCUUGAGAUUGAUGUUGCAGAAAAUACGUGGGUCACCCCAAGCCCGGUGACUCUUCCAGAGAAUCAAAAAUUUGACUACCCUCGAGUCAUCUCUCAGGUAAGCAGUUCCUCAUCAUCUAUACGCUAUCUAUUCAUAAUUCAAUCUACUAAUGGAUCUGGGGAGUGGGGAGAUGUAUGGCACUUAAAAGUUGGGUAUCACCUUAAUUAGGUAUCACUGUGUUUGCCUCCUUUGAGGUUUAACAGAAGAUUCAGGUAUGAGUGAAAUGCUAACCAUUUGUUCAUAGGUCUUCUUUAAACGCAGAUGUUACAAUGUGCAUUUACACAAUUGAAAGCUGUGAACACGCACAACUUUCUAUCCCUCAGCUCCACCAUUCAACUGAUCCUCAUUUACUCACCUUUUCAAUUUACAUUGUGAUGAUAUCAGCUGCCAUCACCAGGCACACUAUUAGCUCCUUAUAAUUCAUUGGCGGACAAAGUAGAGUGAUCUUUGGUGAAGUAAGUGCAUGCUCCUGACCAAGGAUCACUUAAAUUGUAGCGCUCGGUUAGGGAGUUAGAGAGUGCUACCAGCAUGGAUAAGUUUCCUCUAAUUUGUGCAAAUAUAACACAUGCAGAUCGAAAUAUACAUAAAAUGUUAUUUUUAUAGCAGCAGGCAUAAUUGGCUUCUCAUUGGGAGAAUGUGCCUCUUUCAAUGUAGACUCUUAAAGUACUGAGACAAUCCAACUGACUAGGGCAAUGGUGUCUGAUGUCCCACUGCUGUCAGUGUGAGGAAAACAUCUAAAACUCGUGAUUGAAUUACAUAAAAAAAUAAAACAGGUAAAAAUGCACGGGAAAAAAUGGUAAAACAUGCCAGCACGUUGGCCCAAACUGUAUCAUUUAUUUUAACCAAACAUUGAAUUUAAUCAUAGUCUAACCUAUGACUACGUGCAAUGUUGCAUUAGAUAAUUAAGGCAGGACUACUGUGCUACUAUUUAUUGUAUUAGUAUUAUUGUUAAUGAAUAUAAUUACUAUUACUAAUUACUAUCACCAUCAUCAUUUUGAUCUACGAAUUACAGACUUUGCCAGUUACUGCUUAGUUUCCCACAAAUACUUUGCUUUUAACAUGCACCGCUGUGUAGCUUUCAGUAUUUGUGUAUAUUUAAAAUGUUAUUUAAUCUAAAAUAUCUCAUUCUGUUAUUUAUAUGAAAUCACAGUUUUUGUUUUUCUUACAUUUAAUUCCGAGGUUAACCCGUAGGUGACACAGGGUAAAACUCCCUUAAAAUUCAUUUUAUUUUAACCAAUUCUCACACCCUCUGAAUAUUUUUUCCUACGUUCCUUCUUCGGAGAAUUCUACUGUCUGCCGUGCCGCCACAUAUCUUUUUAACGAGGUCAUAUACAUGAUGCAUUGCAGGACAGAGCAAAGCCAGUUUAGAAACAGCCAUUAGCAGUAAACUAAACACGUUAGGCGUUACAUUUAGAAUGAUUGUUUACUGAGCAGUUUUAGGGGAGCAGACAGUGAGAUUUAGACAUUUCCCAUAUAGACAUUUGCUUUUCUCCAUGUUAGGAGCUGUAAAGCAGUGUGGGAGGUGAAGACCUGUAUUCUACUUGAAAACAGCAAACAUGCCAUCUUUGGAGAGGCCAAAACAAUAGAACUUGUUGCUACAGUUACUAUGGAAACUGUUGAUAUUGAAUGCAAUCACUUUGCUACAUUUCUCUAUAAAUCUUUUGUUCCGGGCAGAUUGUCCUCUGCAUGCUGCGGCUCAAAACUCGGGUUAUUUAGUAGUACAUUUUUUAACUUUUUAAAAAAAAUUUAACCAUCUAUUUGAAUUAUAAACUGUGUUAUGCAUUGUGGCUAUGAGCACUCACAAAAAAUCAUCAGACCAUCAAGGUGGAGAGGUGCAGAGGGCACAGUAUUUGUAGUAUGUGAUGCUUAGCAAAGGAGACAGGAAAACUGUGUCCAAGGCCAAGGUUGGGCAAAAGGUACAUCUCCAGAAGUUGUAGAACUGCAAACUCAAUGAUGCUGUGUCAUUCUACAUCUGGGAAUCUACUUUUUGCACAAUCCACCUAUCCUAUGCAUCUUAUUCCUGUAAGCCAGAGGCAGAGAUCACCUCUUUGUCCAUCUAAAACAACAGAAACGCAUAUGAUCACGGGGUGUGGAUGGAUGUCCGACCAAUGUUACUAAUGUUACAAAGUCCUACUAAGCCCUCAGUGAAUACUUUUCUAGCAACCUACUUCGUACCCCUACUUUUACCCUUUGUGUCACUAUACUCUACUCCCUCUAGAAUGUAAGCUCAUUGAGCAGGGCCUCCUCCUCUUUGUCCAGUUGUCUGGUUACAAUUACAUGUCUAUUAGUCCACCCAUUGUACAGCGCUACGGAAUCUGAUUGAGCUAUAACAUAAUAAAAUAAUAAAUAAUAAUAAUAAUAAAGUUAUUGUGAAAGUAAGAUAGAACAUAAAAAUAAACUGUGAAUCUGAAGAAGCUAUUGGCAGAAGGUUUGUUAGGUUUGAAAAUAAUAAUAAUUAAUUGUGAGGAUUUUAUAUUUUAACUAGGUCAGGUGGAAUAGCACGGAGGUUCAAUAUCAUCUGGCGGGGAAUUUUGCAGAAGGCCUUUUCACAAUCGAUAAAACAGGAAACAUCUAUGUAACCAGAGAACUGGACAGAGAAAUUGAAAGCCAGGUAAGAAAAUGACGAGCAAACCAGUGAACAAUAUCCGCAAAAACUUUUGAUAAGUGUAAAAAGUGGUAAUUGUAGACACGGAUGUAUCAAAGUGCGCUGUAGCAAAACCUUUGAUUGAUGGAUAGUCAGACAAACUGAUCGUCAGAAAGCCAAAUAUAUAGAAAUAAAGAUUAACUGAUGAAUUGACAGACCUGCUGAUUGUCAAAAAGCGAGAUAAAUAUAUAGAUGUAUAGAACAGUCGAUGAAUGGACAGAUAGAUUGCAGUAGUCAAGUAAUUUUCUUCAUAUGACCAACAGAUGUCUUUGUUCUAUCAUUUUCAGCACCAGAUUGAAGUGUCUGCUGUGAAUUUUUAUAACAUUUCCUACAGUGACCCACUACAGAUUUCAGUUAUAGUCCAAGAUGAAAAUGACAAUAAACCAGUAUUUCCCCAAAAUACGUAUCAUGUGGAGAUCACAGAGAAAAUGACAAGAGGUAGGAACAAUAAAAUGUAAUUUUGUUAACAAGAAUAACUGGCAAAGUCUUGUCAGUGCCCAUUUAAAACUGGCAAAGUCGGCUUUGGAACUCUCAGUCCUUCUUGGAUUGUCCUCUGUUGGUAUGAGCUGUGAUGAUGGGCCAGGAGAAUGGAAUAAGAUGGGAUGCUGACCUGGUAGGGGCAAAUGGAAUGAAUUGAGGAAAUCGGAUGGAAUGGAUUAAUUGUAUGAGAUAAGGAGAUGGCCUAGGAUUUAGACUUGUGCAUUUGGUUUCACAACGAACUGGGAUUCAUCUGAAUUUUGGGCAAUCGGCUGGUGUACGAAUUCCAUAACUCUAAAGUGCCAUCUAGACAGAUCAUGAACAAACUAACAAGGCAGUGGACACAUAGGCUCAUUUGUUUUGCGAAUGUUCAUGGUGCCAAGUCUAGAAAACACAAAAAAACUGAUGAUUGAUGGAAAAAAGAUGAUUGAUAGUUAGGGCACAGUCACUAAAUGUUGUUUUAAUUUAGUGACCAAUAGAGGGGAAAAGACAGGGAGCAAUAAACAAAAUCUAUAUGUGAAUAAUUAUAGUCUGUAUAUUUUGUAGUACACUGAUUGACCCAUUUUCACAACUUUUUUGUUCAUCUGAAUAAUUUUUCAAUAUCAUUUGCAUGGUCGAAAAUCAUCCAUACCGACUUGCCACAUGGUCAACUUUCGGACUACACAAAAAAAAUGUUUUUCUGCGAAUUGAUUUGGCCAGACCAAAUUUUUCCGUACAAUCUAAUAGUAUAGGUUAAAUGUAUAAGAUGAGAAGAUGGCAUAGGAUUGGUUGAUGUGAUAGUGGCAUUGAAUUGAAUAAUAGAGGAAUCAUUUCUAGAUUAGUAGUGAUCAUGCCAUGGAAUAGAGUAGUAUUCUCUAAUACAGUCAUGUCCAAAGUCCGGCCCACAGGCCAACUACGGCCCGCGUUCUGGUUUAAUACGGCCCCACAGGUAAUUUGUUAAAUAUAUAUGUUGUGGCUCCAAGUGAAUGCCUGAGCGCCGCUGAGGACGUGCGCUCUGUUUACCUGGUUCCAGCAGUAAGAGACAUCUGCCUCCAAAAUUCAAAUAGCAUAUAGAUGGCUUGGUAUGUGGGAUUCCAUUUUAAUUCACUUUAUAACCACACAGUGAUAUUCCUUAAGCCGAGAGUAACUAAAACUGGUAGGAAGUCACCACAUCUGAGUUUGUCUCGAAAUGAGUUCCAAAAGAGUUGAACAGCAGAACCUAAUUUCCUUUAGGCCACCUUGAUGUCCAUCAGAAAUAAUCUCAGUAGAUCCCAACUAGUUCCUUGAGUCCAUCGGUGAAAAGUGAAUUUAAUUAGAUCCAUUCUCAAGAUUCAGUGACAAAACCUGAGACCCAACAAACAUAUCAUUUAAAACAGCAUAUACAAUAGGUCAUGAAUGUAUGGAUAUUUUUUUUUUGUAUUCCUAUGUAGGAUCUGUGCUGCUUCACCUACAUGCAGAUGAUGCUGAUGAGAAGGACACCAUCAAUACACAAAUAAGCUACAGGAUUGUCAGUCAAGAACCCAGCACCCCCGAAAAUGUAUUUGCCAUUGAUGAAAAGAAUGGGGAUCUGACUUUGCAGAAUAGCAACCUCUGGGCAGGAAACACAAAGACAUAUCAAGUGGAAAUCACCGCCACUGACCUUGCUGGAGCCCAGGAUGGUAAACUGUGUCAUUAUAUUUAUAUUAAUAUAAUUUAUUGAAAGUAAUAUGUGGUGUUGUACUGUGAACAAAUGUCAGUUGUUGACAACCUAAGACGUAUUCAAACAGCCUGUCCUGAUAUAUGUAAAGGACCUCAAACACACAGACCCUAAUCUACAAGAGAGAGUGAGAAUGGCUAGAGGGAUAGCCACGGUCAAGGGGAGGAGAAAUUACAGUAAAUGUUAGACAAACCAAAAUUUAAGGAUAAUCAAACCAAGGUCAUUGGUCAUAAAGUAUCACAAACUCACUAUUGGGCUAAACAAGACCCACAACAGGGUGAUUGUGAGUUUGUGACAAGAAAGGCUGGGAUUUAAAUACUAGUGGCUAUAUUUCUAUUGGGCAACAUCAUAGGGGAGCACCAGAAGACGUAAAACCAAUUUUGUGUUAUUUGCAACUUCAUUCGCGUGCUCCGAAUAGGCUUUCAACUGCGCGCCAUUCAGACAUAAGAGCGAACAUCAGCAACAUGCGCCAUCUGAAUUAUUGCCAGGCAGCGAGGAGGAGCCCAGGAGGCGGUACAUUUAAAACAGCGUGAUAAAUCCUGUGCUUCUGAGAUUGCAGAUUACAUUGUUUACAUUCGCUGUAAGAACUAAGGAAAUUAAGAAUUGAAAGGGGUACUUCAAAUUUUAGACCAAAGUAGUCAAGCUAGAAAAAUAGCUAAGUAGAACCUUUUGUUGUGGAUACUAUGACCAAAAAUAUGAAAUUGUCCUAAUGAGGCACCUUUAACAUGGCAUCCAACACCAGUGAUAUGAGAUACCCUGCUUCCUACUCCUCCAAAUAAACACACACAAAAAAUUGCGAGAGUAAAAGUUACACAUACAUAUAAAACAAUGGGUUUGUGCAUGGCAAAAGAAUUUAGUUCAUCCAAAUUAAAUUGUCGGGAAAAAAAUAGUUUCUGGCAAUUCGAAUUUAAUCCAUGUGACACUUCAGUUCGAACUAAUUUUAUCUAUGCAACUAUUUUGGGAAAACAAUUCUUUCAAAAGAAAAUGGCGUGAAAAUUUACCUAUAAGUGUAUUGCAAAGUAUGUACAUCAUGUUAUAUAUAUAGAUUUUGCGGUAGACUGAUAGGCGCAUUUUCACGCCAUUUGGUUAACUGAUCGAGUGACAAGAAGUAACCGACACAAUGGUAAAAAAAUGAGUAGUAAAAAAAAAUCUAUAUUUCUAUAUUACAUAUUUAUUAAAUAUGUAAUAUAGAAAUUGUAAAAAAUGGAGAUGAAUGGAUGUUCAAUGUUGAUUCUUCUUAAUUUCUUCUUAUCUUCAGUUGAUUGAUAUAUAUACGUCUUUUGUAUAUAUAUUCUUGGGCCAAAUGCUCGCCACAAUAAUAUAUGUCAAUAUUAUUGAAAAGUAGUAAUACGCAAUCUGACUUACAGUUUCUUCAGGUUUAUUCUUUGUUACGGAUACAUAAUAAAGGAUGUUACAGGAUUAUGGACAUUCAACAGCAGAUGGUAAUUGCUGGACUUCUGAUGGGAGAGUUACAUCGUUGUACAGAGCCAAGACUCAAACCAAGACAGAGACUGAGAGACCUCGUGUCCCUCUGUUACUAUAUAGAAGUGCUAAUACUAACGUCAGCAUAUAACUCUAGCCAUAUAAGGACAAGACCCCCGAAUCCACAUUCCAGAGCUCUCGGACAAAGAAAGCCUUGUGACUUAUUGAUACCAUCUGUUACUUAUGUCAAUCCACACAUCCAUAUAUAUAAUCAAUAGAAACAUAGAAUAUGCAAUAUUCUACAUUCCCUCUGUUUAUGGUUUGUUUUAAAACCAUAACACAAUGUAAUUAACCUGUCCAUUCAUACAUCACUUGUAUCACAUUCAUUGAGCAUAGAACAAGAUGAAGUCACAACUUUCUAUUAUAUGAGAGUUCUUAGAAGGUCGAGUUUCUAUCCCUCACACUGCUUACUUUACUUCAAAACUUCCUCUGUUUCAGCUAUGUAUUGAUAUCCAUAUCCAUGUUACAUCAUAACUACUUGAACAUAAUAUAUACAUAUAUAUAACAAUAAUAAAUGACUAAAAUAAAAUAUUUACAAAUGUUGAUCCAAUAAACAAUAAAACAAUCAAAAAUAUCUACCUGCUCAGGUACAGUCAUGUCUUUGUAGACAACAAAAUCAAGAUCGUAACUUUCUAAAUAAUAACUGUGUAUCACUAUCAUAUUCCUAAUAAAGACACAUAUAAAAGUAUUUUCAUUCUCAAUACCUGAUAUUACUUAAGUACUAAUACAUGUAUUACUAUAAUAUCCUGUCCAAUUAGAUUUCCAUGAAUCAUAUGGUUUCUAGCAACCUUAAAAUCUUUAGGUCAUUUAUACCAUUAAUACCACCUAGUGAUGAUUGUAUCAGUACUUUACAAUCAUAGUAUUUAAUUUGUAUAUUCAGUAGGCUCUCACUACCUGAAAUAUACCAACACUACUUAUAAGUCUCAUUCAAAGGAUGUGUUAUCAACCAUAAAGUUCUAGAAUAAUUCUUUGAUUAAUGUUCAUUGUGUUGACUAUACUUAUUGUCCUAGAAAUUCUGCACCCAGAAAUCUUUCUAUCAUAGAUUUGUUUUUGUUCACAUAAUUAUAAUUUUCACUAAAAUUCCACCUUGUAGUAACAAACUUUACAUGCAAUCGGAGAAUGGUUUACUUUAAAAGAACUUGGAAAGAAUAAUUUAAAUUCAUUAUCAUCACUCUCUUCAUUAGCUUCGUGAUGACUUAUUAAUGUAAUACAUCUUAAAAGCAGGAUUGUCCUAAUGUUCUGACCAAUCCUUAUUCCUUAGUACACUUCAACUGACUAAAAUAAAAUAAACAAAACUUGGGGUCAUACUGCCCAGAAACUCUUAUUCCUAGUCUGUGUCUAACAAACUCAGGGAAAUCUUAAAACAACUUAACAACGUAUUCAUUGGAUACCAUCAUAUCCAGAAACCUAUUCUCCCUAGUCCAUACCUUUAUAGACUUAGGUCAAAUAUAAUUGUGUACUAAACUCUUAACUAAACUUCAAUUCAAUUCCUCUUGGAUCUCUGAACUCUCAUAUCCAAGGCAUUCUUAAUGUAUAUAAUUACUUAAUAUAAAUCAAUAUAAAUUAUUCUUCCUUAGUUUUCUUCCUUAUGUUACCAUUGUUUGUUUUACUUCACCUCAAUAUAAACAAAUUACUUAUUAUAAUGAAUCUAUGAAAUACUAUUGAACUCAAUCUUUGUGGUAUUAAGUAACCAUGAUCCUUAUUUUAUCCACUUCAUAUUUUAUCUACCUCUGAUACUUCUCAUUCUAUGUAUAGGUAAUAAUGUAAUAGUUCUCAUCAUAAUACUAUCCUAUCAUAAUUGUACUCCAUGUGUUAUAUAGCUAUAAGUAAUCUCUUUUGGUAUUAAUACUCAUAACUGUUAAAUAACUUUUCAUUGUCUGUUUUCUUCUUCAUUAAUAUUUAGGAAUAUAUAUAUGUAUGUUAGUGUCAAUCUUUUAUUUCUUUGUAAGUCUGUUAAUCUUCUGUAUCGAAUGAACUCUGUAGAAUCUUCCAUCACAGUUUGCCGAUCAGAUGAAAAGUCUCUUUCCAACAGUCGAUGUCCAGUUGUCUGAAGGAAUGCUUUCCUGAUUUAUUGCCACAAGGAUCUGUCACGCUUUACCAGAUCAGUUAUUUCUGUCUAUUUCGUUGCUUCAUUCACACAGCUGCGCAGUUCUGGACGCUUGAUUCUGGACGCGUGCCAAUCUCUGCCUCGUGCUUGCUUCUAGAUUUCACGUUGUAUCUUGUGCUUUUUGUCUCAGUUGUAGAAAAUAGUCUUGUACAGUCUUUGAUUUGAAAACUUUCUUUUUCUUACAAACCACAGUUCUUCUAUGAUAGUCAGUCUAGAUUCUUUUUUUUCUCUUCAAGUUUGUUUUCCCAGUUCCAAAAUAGCUUUGUAACUCGAUUCUUCUCUCUCCCCCCUUGAAGUGGGAACAAAACUUUGAAUAGAAGACUGGCUGGCUAGCCAAUGUAAAAAAUGUAGAUGAAUGGAUGUUCAAUGUUGAUUCUUCUUAAUUUCUUCUUAUCUUCAGUUGAUUGAUAUAUAUACGUCUUUUGUAUAUAUAUUCUUGGGCCAAAUGCUCGCCACAAUAAUAUAUGUCAAUAUUAUUGAAAAGUAGUAAUACGCAAUCUGACUUACGGUUUCUUCAGGUUUAUUCUUUGUUACGGAUACAUAAUAAAGGAUGUUACAGGAUUAUGGACAUUCAACAGCAGAUGGUAAUUGCUGGACUUCUGAUGGGAGAGUUACAUCGUUGUACAGAGCCAAGACUCAAACCAAGACAGAGACUGAGAGACCUCGUGUCCCUCUGUUACUAUAUAGAAGUGCUAAUACUAACGUCAGCAUAUAACUCUAGCCAUAUAAGGACAAGACCCCCGAAUCCACAUUCCAGAGCUCUCGGACAAAGAAAGCCUUGUGACUUAUUGAUACCAUCUGUUACUUAUGUCAAUCCACACAUCCAUAUAUAAUCAAUAGAAACAUAGAAAAUGCAAUAUUCUACAGAAAUAUAGAUUUAUUUGUUUACUGCUCCUUCUUUAUUUCCCCUCUGUUGGUCACUUCUCACUUGAUCUGUGAAUAAAAUCAUACUGCACUGGUUCUCCCCUAACUAUCAAUCAUCUAUGUUUUUGUUUUGUAUGUUUUUUGGUGCCACGGACAGAACUCAGAAUCACAAAACAAACUAUCAAUUCUCCAUUUCGUUUGUUUUACGAUUCAUCCAUAUAAAGUUUCGGAGUUCAGGAUUUUAGAAAAAUCAAUGAUCUCCCAAAAUUUGGAUGAAUCUCGAGAUGCACAAGUCUAGAAAACAAAUAAUGAAGAACAUGCACUAACAAGCUUACGAUCCAUAUAGGAUUUAAUUAGCAGGUUCUUCAACAACAUUUAUCAAUUAGUUAUCAUCAAUUGUCUCUCGUACUGCCAGGUGAGAUGUGCAGCUUGUCUCAGCGUGUUGCACCAGACAGAAGCGCAAUAAGAGUGUCAGGUGCGACACACAAUGCCUUCUAUUGCACAUGGAGUAUCUCCGGGCAAGAUGAUCAUCCUGUAUGUUCUCUCAAGCUGUAAUUACAUUUCGACUUCUGAAGGGGAAGCUGUUGAAGAGAGCUGCAGCCUGUUAAAUCUUUGCAGCGCAUCUGAUAUUGACUCAAUUAUGAGAUUUCCCAAUUAAACUUUUGUUUGUUCUGUGAAAUGCACGUGUCUGUCUGCAAUUACUAAACCGCCGCUGCCCACAGUAUCACGACCGCAUUCCUUGUACCAUCUGCUAUCGUAAAAAAAAAAUAUCAAUAAAAGGCGCUGUUGUAAUUAACUGAAAAACCUUUGAAGGGAAUUUGUUGGUCCUUCAAGAGUGUUUCAUAUGUAUCCAUUUAAUGUUUCCCCGGUAAAUCACACUUUGCUGGUAAUUGGAACAGAAAUGUGUUUGUCACAUGUUAUGGAGUUUUUCACUAAAUAGUAGGUGUCAUACCUCUCAUCGGUCUCAGAUUGGGUGAGAAAGUCACAAUUUGAGUCUCCUGUCCCAAAUCUAUUCUUAGUGUCCCAUUUUUGGGGUCACUUCAGAAAGUCCCCCAGUAAGAGCAGCUGAAACUGUCAGCCCAUGUAACAAGAACUGUGCACAUAGACUUCUCCGACUGGGGUGGCCCAGAAUGGGUGCCAGUCAGGAUUACAUGCUUGCACAGAAGGUUGGCACACUUAAUGGGUAUUCCACACCAAUGAUGCAUUAUUGCCAUACCCCUUCCCUUGGACACUCUCACCCUCUAUCCUGCGUCCUCACCUCAUAUAUUAAGUUAAGUUAUUUCAGCCUAACAUUUGAAAUUCACUUUGUAUUUAUAAUUUCGUUAUUAACCUUGCAUAUAAUAUUUCAAACAUUUUCUGUAUUUUUUAUUUUUUUUUAAAUCAUAUCUUCAGUUGACAACAAAAAAGACAUAGACAAAGUAAAACGUUGCAAAGUUGCAUUCUCUAUGUUACUUUGUAUUCUCUGUUUUAAACAGACUUUCUUGUUUUUUUUCUCACAGGUCUAAGCAGUAGCUGUCUCGUAAUAAUUGACGUGAUGGACAUAAAUGAUAACCCGCCUGUAUUUCUGGAGAAUAAGGUAUUUCAUAAAUACUGAGAAAUGGAAUUAGGCAUGUUGACAUUUGAAGAAAAAACAGAUAAACAUGUUCUAGGUUCUAAUGUAAUUAAUUUAUUAGAAUAGUCGGUAAAGAGUUUAUUCCCUGGAUUGAGAAAUUUGAAGAAUGGACAAGUGGGAUUAGACAUUUGUAGAUAAAAUAAUACAAACUGAAAAAAGCUUGCUUACUUUAGCUUAACCCCUUAAGGACCAAACUUCUGGAAUAAAAGGGAAUAAUGACAUGUCACACAUGUCAUGUGUCCUUAAGGGGUUGAAGUGGUCUGGGUGCCAGGUCCAGCUAGGGCUAACCCUUUUUUUUUUAUAAACAUAGCAGUUUCAGAGAAACUAUGUUUAUAAGAGGGUUAAUCCAGCCUCUAGAGCCUCUAGUGGCUGUCUCAUUGACAGCUGCUAGAGGCGCUUGCGUGCUUCUCACUGUGAAAAUCAUGUAAAUGCUUUCCUAUGAACUGGCUGAAUGCGUGUGCAGCUCCUGCUGCGCAUGCGCAUUCAGCUGAUGACGUCGCUAUGAAGGAGGAGAGGAGGAGGAGAGUUCCCCGCCCGGCGCUGGAGAAAGGUAAGAUUUUAACCCCUUCCUCUCCCCAGAGCCCGGCGUGAGUGGGACCCUGAGGGUGGAAAACGAGUAUGUUUUCCUGGCACUAUAGUGGUCCUUUAACCCCUUAAGGACACAUGCCAUGUGUGACAUGUCAUGAUUCCCUUUUAUUCCAGAAGCUUGGUCCUUAAGGGGUUAAAGUUAGAGAGUUUUUAUAAAACUGUCGAUUUGGCCUUGGACUUCUGUUCCCCUUCUUAGUUUGUCACCGUUGGCAGACUAGUGAAGCUCUAUAUUUGAUUGCAGAGAUUUAUAAAAUUUAACUUUAAAGUCCUUAAAAAGGCACUUCGUUCAUGGAAUGGCCUGCCAGUGGAGGUGGCAAAUAAAUUAGAGUAGGCACAUAAAAAUCCCUUUAUAUAAUUUAAAUUUGUGCUUAUUGUAUAUUACAUUGCCAAUUUCCCAUGAUCCAAAGAUUUAUUGAUAACCGUAUAACACCUUAUUCUGGUGUUAACCUUAACCUUAUACUUAAAGUAAGUUGGACCCAGCAGUAGCAAGAAGCACGACCAAAUCUGUGAUGUCACAGGAAGACAUCACUGCUCAAUAAACAUCCUGACAUUGCUUCUCAAAAGGCCAAGAAACAUUGCUUCUAAGAGGGCCAAAAACCUGGUAUGUAAAUGCAAUCAUGGAUGGAUUUGCUGAUUCCACAAAACAGUUACAGCUCCCCUCUAAGCGCCUUACUUAGCACUAUACCAGGACCUUGUGAUUACAGAUUAUCACUUACUUGCAGUUUAUGUUUAAACAAUUGUUUUCCAUGCUGUUAAAUUGCAUCAUUAAAUGGUCAUUGAGUGGCCAUGUUUCUGUAAUGCUCCGCACUGGCUACAAGCUGUGAUCUGAGUGGUGACAGUCUGCGGCAACACCUUGUAUUGUCCACGGGAGGAAUUUAAAGGCCCCCAUAGUGCUCAUAGUUUUACUGUCCAUCAGAACAAUGUUUAAAAUAGUAGACAAUGGUAGAGCAUUGCUCUGCAAAUUGGUUCUCAACAUCUGGGUUUGUAAUAGAGUAAGAUACGUUGAAGGAGAGCUGCAGAGUUCAGUAUUUGGUAUAUGGGGAGCUGCAGAGUUCAGCAUUUAGUGUAUGGGGAGCUGCAGAGUUCAGCAUUUGGUGUAUGGGGAGCUGCAGAGUUCAGUAUUUAGUUUAUGGGGAACUGCAGAGUUCAGUAUUUGGUAUAUGGGGAGCUGCAGAGUUCAGCAUUUAGUGUAUGGGGAGCUGCAGAGUUUAGUAUUUAGUGUAUGGGGAGCUGCAGAGUUCAGUAUUUAGUGUAUGGGGAGCUGCAGAGUUCAGUAUUUAGUGUAUGGAGAGCUGCAGAGUUCAAUAUUUAGUGUAUGGGGAGCUGCAGAGUUCAGUAUUUAGUGUAUGGGGAGCUGCAGAGUUCAGUAUUUAGUGUAUGGAGAGCUGCAGAGUUCAGUAUUUAGUGUAUGGGGAGCUGCAGAGUUCAGUAUUUAGUGUAUGGGGAGCUGCAGAGUUCAGUAUUUAGUGUAUGGGGAGCUGCAGAGUUCAGUAUUUAGUGUAUGGGGCUGCAGAGUUCAGUAUUUAGCGUAUGGGGAGAUGCAGAGUUUAGUAUUUAGCGUAUGGGGAGCUGCAGAGUUCAGUAUUUAGUGUAUGGGGAGCUGCAGAGUUCAGUAUUUAGCGUAUGGGGAGCUGCAGAGUUUAGUAUUUAGUGUAUGGGGAGCUGCAGAGUUUAGUAUUUAGCGUAUGGGGAGCUGCAUAGUUCAGUAUUUAGUGUAUGGAGAGCUGCAGAGUUUAGUAUUUAGCGUAUGGGGAGCUGCAGAGUUCAGUAUUUAGUGUAUGGGGAGCUGCAGAGUUCAGUAUUUAGCGUAUGGAGAGCUGCAGAGUUCAGUAUUUAGUGUAUGGGGAGCUGCAGAGUUCAGUAUUUAGUGUAUGGAGAGCUGCAGAGUUCAAUAUUUAGUGUAUGGGGAGCUGCAGAGUUCAGUAUUUAGCGUAUGGGGAGCUGCAGAGUUCAGUAUUUAGUGUACGGGAGCUGCAGAGUUCAGUAUUUAGCGUAUGGGGCUGCAGAGUUCAGUAUUUAGUGUAUGGGGAGAUGCAGAGUUUAGUAUUUAGCGUAUGGGGAGCUGCAGAGUUCAGUAUUUAGGGUAUGGGGAGCUGCAGAGUUUAGUAUUUAGUGUAUGGGGAGCUGCAGAGUUUAGUACUGCAGAGUUCAGUAUUUAGUGUAUGGGGAGCUGCAGAGUUCAGUAUUUAGUAUGGAGAGCUGCAGAGUUCAGUAUUUAGUGUAUGGGGAGCUGCAGAGUUCAGUAUUUAGUGUAUGGGGAGCUGCAGAGUUCAAUAUUUAGUGUAUGGGGAGCUGCAGAGUUCAGUAUUUAGCGUACGGGGAGCUGCAGAGUUCAGUAUUUAGUGUAUGGAGAGCUGCAGAGUUCAGUAUUUAGUGUAUGGGGAGCUGCAGAGUUCAGUAUUUAGUGAAUGGAGAGCUGCAGAGUUCAGUAUUUAGUGUAUGGGGAGCUGCAGAGUUUAGUAUUUAGUGUAUGGAGAGCUGCAGAGUUCAGUAUUUAGUGUAUGAGGAGCUGCAGAGUUCAGUAUUUAGUGUAUAGGGAGCUGUAGAGUUCAGUAUUUAGUGUAUGGGGAGCUGCAGAGUUUAGUAUUUAGUGUAUGGGGAGCUGCAGAGUUCAGUAUUUAGUGUAUGGGGAGCUGCAAAGCUCAGUAUUUAAGACGUGAGGGCUGCAGGGUUUGCUAUUUAGUCCACGGGAACCUGCAAGGUUCAGUAUCUAGUCUUUUUAAUGUGCAUAUGUGUAUAUGCGCACAUUUUGCUAUUUACAAUAAAAUUCAGUUGUAUAUCACAAAUAUUGCCAUAUUGCCCAAAAGGUGCAGAAGAUAUUCAGUUUAUCGUAUUCAUCACAGCAAUUAAAUGAACUGCCACAGUGAUCCCUUAAUGACAUUUUGUUGCUGUUUUGUAUUGUAUUCUAUCAGUUUGCACCCUUUAUUAUACCGGAGGACACAGAGCCCGGCGUGAUCAUCGCUAUUCUGACAGCUACGGACGAAGAUCAUCUGCCUGUUAAUAGAUUGAUAGACUUUUACGUACAAUCUGGAAAUGAAGAUGGCACCUUCAGAAUAUUGACCGAUCAAGAAAGUAACACUAUAUCUGUCUUUCUUGACAAGGUAAUUUUCUGAAAUCACAUGGUAACCUGCCUUUUCCUUCAAGCUUCUUUUAUUUAUCAUGUAUCUAGUAAGGGCUCCGAGCACACUAUAGAGUUUAUGUUCCGGGUGCAAUAGAGGCCUGCAAUACGCUAUAUAGCACAGAUGCCUAGAUUCUAGACUAUUUCUGCUUUAGCAAAUAAUCCUGUUACUGUUUGUGCGUAUUAUGCAAAUAUAUUUGUUCUUUCUGUUGGCGUUUUAAACACUAUAGCACACUAUAUUUAAGCUUAAUACAAGUUUGUUCAUUUAUAUACUUCCCAUUUACUAGCAGUACAUACAAAUGUAUUUGUUAAAAUCUGGUGACGGUGUAUAUCUGGUUAUUUGCUAAUGUGAUGAUUCCAAAUGAUUAUUAUUAUUAUUAUGAUAUUUAUAGAGCGCCGUCAAAUUCUGCAGUGCUUUACAAUGGGUGGACGAACAGACAUGUAGUUGUAACCAGACAAGUUGGACACACAGGAACAGAGGGGUUGAGGGCCCUGCUCAAUUAGCUUACAUGCUAGAGGCAGUGGGGUAAAAUGACACAAAAAGGUAAGGAUAGUAUUAGACUAAUGACAGUUGCAGAAGAGGAAUCAGUCAGGAGCUAUUAACAGUUUAAUGGAUACGCUUUUAUGAAGAAGUGGGUUUUUAACGAUUUUUUGUUGGAGUGGAGACUGGGUGAACAUCUAACGGAGGAGGGAAGCGACUUCCACAGGAACAGGUGCAGCCCUCGAGAAAUCUUGAAGGCGAGCAUCAGAGGUUGUCAUGAUGGCAACGUGACUUUUUUUUUUUUAAAUAGCUGAAUUUGGAAAAUUCUCUCACUCAGUUAUGACCACUUUGGCUUUAAACUUGAAAUUCACAUUAAAUUCACUUGGAAUUUUCACUAUUGUGAAUAACCCUGAAUGUCUUAUGCCGGCCUAUUCACACAGAGCUUGCAGGGGUGUUUUUUAUCACACAUUCCCAAAAGGAGAGUGUUUCUUUAUUUUUAUGUAAUUUUUGUCACACCUACGAUAUUUGGUAUAAUCUUUAAAACUUUAUGUCAUCACACUUUCCUGUAAAAGAUGAACAAAGUUAUGAAAAAUUAAGUCCAUGUAAAUUUAUGGAAAAAUUACUUUUUUAGGCCUCUUUGAAUAGUAAUUAAUGUUUGUGCCAUGUAUCUACAUUGUACAUUGUUAUUUUCAAUUUAAAGGGUUACUCCAAGCAUCAGGAUCACUUCAGUGAUUUUAAGUGGUUAUGGUAUCUGGAGUCUGUAUAUGCAGUUGACUGUUAGCUCUUCUUCCAAAGUGUGUCCUUUGGUAACGAAUGUACUGCACGUUAACGAAUGUACUGCACAAGUGAUCUUUUUGGAUGCCAUGCUUGAAUGAUCAAAUCACUCUAGGUGGGGAUUACCCCUCCUCCUGCGCCGUGCCACCCAGAACUGUCUGUGCUAAAUUACAUGUAUGUAAGUUUUAGCCUGAACCUGUAACACAAAAAAAAAAAAAUAUAUAUAUAUAUAUAUAAUAUCUGACUGCUGAUAGAGACACUAGAAGUGCUUCCGCUUCCAACUGGAAUACUACAGAAAUCCUGAAUUCUCUGCGACUACGGAGAGUGACGCAAUAAAAGUAGCACUUGUAUAAAAUAAACAGGAUGUGUUUCAAUAUCUUAAUAAAAUGAAAGGCUGGAGAAAGCAUUUUACACUCCCAGCUUCGUAGAAAGUGUCUGCAAAUUGAUCACCACAAGAAACCUGUUUUUUAGCUGCCCAUUAGCCACUGAGUCAGACCACGUCACCUGACCUUUAACACGGACAUCGGGCUGCGUGACGCGUGUACCCAUCGCACUGAGUAUCAAUAAUGAAUGUGCUUUUAUUCCCGCACACGAAGAAGUCACUUAGUUUAACCCUUUGUGUAGGUGGUCAAUAUGUAAAUAAAUAGGACAAAGAAAGGCAGAUUAGACAUUUCACACAUUUACCUGAAUUUUUAUAACAUUCUUAUUUAAUCUGAACUGAAAGUGAAGUGUUAUUUUUUUUCUUUAAAUGAGAUAUCAGAAUGUUUUAGAACAUUUUGUUACACUAUAACAUGUUUAUGGUUUUUGCAAAGUUUGAAGGAGCAUUGCAGACUGCUGUUGACCACCAUAUUUUAUGAAUUGUAUAUAUGUAAUAGAAUAAAGGACUAAAAAUAAAAUAAAAUACAUGUAGUUCCAGGUGUUUGCUGCAUAUACUCAGAUUUGCAGCAGCUGCGGUGAGUUUGUCCAAGGACAGGAGACAAUUGACAAACUCUUUCUGUUUUUGAUUGAUAAUGAUGUUAUUGUGAGGAACUGAUACCUCAGAUAUUCCAGGAGACAUAGACAUACCUCAACAUUUCACAUGGAUAAAGAGGGCACUUUAAUUUUAGGGGUAUGAGUGGGGUGUGGCCAGGGGCAGGGCUGUUCUGAGAAAUUUUAGGUGAUUUAGUAAUACUUUCUAAAACUAAAAUGUAUAUUUUAAUAGUAUUCUAAACACAUUUAUUGUAGUUUAAAGACACAUUGCUGGGAGUAUUAUUGUUUAUAACUGCUAUACACUCAGACACACCAACAAUAUGAAGCUCCUAGAAAAGAGUGACAUUAGCAUAGAAAAGAGGAACAGAGGGAUUUGGGCCCUAAAUAGGGACUGUCCAUCCUACAUAGGGACACUUGGGAGGUAUGCAUAGUUCUGUUACAUGCUUAUAUGCUUAUAAUGGAAAUACACUGAAUACCUAGUCCUACUGCACUGUACCUCCUCUACCGUAAUGUAAAGUGCUAAAUUUACCUGGUAGAGCUGUAUAAAUAAAAUAUACACACACUGUAUACCUACUAUACGUACAUUAUAUCCCCUAUUAUUAAAUUGCUCAUCCCCACGUGCCCUGCCUGUCUACGGGUUAAAUAAAUGAGUCAUGAGUUCAGUGCACGAAAAGUUCAGCACUAUAAUUUAUUUUAGGCAGAGGGCUGCUUAGCAACACACAAAAUAUAAGCAAUGUACUUAUCAAAAGGUAGGGGAGAGUGUCAGCUAAGUACAUGGGUUAACCAAACACAGUGAAUCUAUCCAGAGAGGUCUGUAAAGGAAUCUGGCGUCAAUAUGCGCCCCUCAAAUUCUAAAGGUCUACUCUCACCCUUACUCCCUUCUUUCCUCCCUUGCCUACCCUGUCUCCAUAGUCCAUUUCUAUCUUCCUGCCAGGUAUAUCUCUCUCCAAUCACCCCAAAAAUAUUUGUUCUUCUUGCCAAAACACCCCCCAAAUGUGCUCUCCUACCCCACAUUGCCUUCUUUUGGAUCAACAGCAAAAACACUUGUUUUCUACUCAAACAACCAAAAAUCUCCCGUACUUUACAAACCACGGCAUGUACCUAUUGUUUUAAAAGCACAGCUUGUUAAAUCUGCGUAUUGCUAAAGUACCUUGAUUAAAAUUAUACAGCUGCCCCUCUCAGUUGGGUACAGUGGCAUCCCAACAACAAUUUAUUUGGAAUUUCCCCUUCCAACCCUCAAAUGGUUACGUUAUUCCUUUUUCUUUAGAAAUUCAAUGCAUUUUUUUAUUUCUGAGUGAAACCUUGAUUGAAUUACUGUAAUUUUGCCAUUUCGACAGAAGUUUUUUUUUAAUUCUUUUCUGGCUUUCUUCGUUAUAAAAUCAUUGAAUCUCCUCCUGGUAUUUCUCGUCCCCCUACCGGUGUCGCGAAGUGCAACGGGUUUUCAGAUGUUUUGUGAACGCUUCCAUCUUGGUAAGGGGCCUAGCUGUUGGGCCCCCCGCUGUACUAAAUUGGCACUUGGGAGAGGUGAGGGGGCGGAUAGGUUAAUCCUGGGGUAAAGUGGAGGCGUUUAGUAAAAUGCUGUACUUUGUCAGGUUUACUAGAUGUGAAAGAGCCCUGCCACAUCGAUUUAUUGAAUAGAAUUCGGAAUAAAUGUACGCUUUUCAUUAGAAAGCUUUUUAGUGGAAGCACAGUGGGUUAAUACAUCAGGGGUUUUUUUGACAAGCAAGCUUAAUAGGAAUUUAAAUGCUGACAUUUUCCCACGCAAUGGAGCGAAAACACAAAGGCAGAUUUUUAUACUAUGGGGAUUUGCAAUAAUUAGAAGCUUCUAGAUUUCACAUUUUUAACCCUUGCAGUUGAGAUAUGACAUCUAGGGUUGUAAGAUUUACUAAGUCUCCUUGGACACACAUCGCUUGCACUCAUUGAUCGUUUUCAUGUGCCCUCCUUGUGGUAUGUAGAAUUCCAGUGCUGCAUGUGGGAAGUCAAUUCAUCAGAAAGGAAUCUUGCAGCAUACGAUGUCAGCAUGACUACUUGUGACAAAUUGUAUAUAGAUAUUGCACUCUAUCAUCCUGAAAUCCCCUGCCUUUGCGUAAAGGUCAUUUUGCUUUAAAGGAACACUCCACUGCCCAAGUAAAAUUAAUAAAUAAAAAUCACUGUUUAGUAGCUUUGCCCCUAAUGAAAACAAUUAUGCAUUUUGUUUCAUUGGAGUUAUAUCUAAAAACAGCUUUUAAAACCUGCAGAUCUCUUGUCUGUUGCCUUUGCAAGCCACCCCUUCUAACCACGCCCAGCCUUUCUAUGACUGUCCAAUCACAGACUUCCCAAUGCAGCUUCAUGAGAAGUCUUUGCAAGGCAGGUGCUCUGAGCAAUUGCUGCCUCUUGAGUUUAGUGCAAAUCAGCUAACCAAACCAGGAAGUAACAGGACCAGUUGUCUGACUGACAGCCGGGGAUAUAUGAUCUGACAUUUUUUUUAAAUCGUUAUUAAUUUAUUUAGUGGCUACUUAAUUUAUAUCCUAUGGUUUUCUGUACUUUUUCAUUUUAGUUUUUAUACAGUGCAGUAAUAGUAAGAGUUUGUAAUAAUCCUGAAAAUGAAUUUAUUAAGAUUCCCGCUCCCGUGCGGUUAUAAGAUUUAGAUGUAUUGGGUAGCCACACGUAUUUUAAUAUUUAGAAAGGCAUUUCCUUUCUUUUAUGACUGCUCUGAUGGAGGGAUUCCUUUCUUUCAGGUACUUGAUUACGAGAAAAAACAAGAAUACGACUUGAUCUUCCUUGCCAAGAACACAGCUGAACUUUUUGGAACAGAAUAUGGUGCAAGUUCCACUGCAACUGUUCACGUCACAGUGCAAAAUGUAAAUGAGCCGCCGGUAUUUGACCAACACAAAUAUGAAGUCCAAAUCCUGGAAAGUACUCAGUCGGGUUCGGUGAUACUCACUGCUGAGGCCAAGGAUCCAGACAUACUUCACCCAGCCAAGCUGCAGUAAGUAGGAUACUGAUAAUGAUGGUGCGCAGUUUGGGUUAUGCUCUUGUCAUUUCACUGCAAGGUUUGGGAAUGUCCCAUAAUGAUCAGUUAUAUGGCUAGCUGAGCAUUAUGGGACAUUCCCAAACCUUGCAGUGAGCUCUCGCCAAAACAAACAGAAAGCAAACAGCUGAACUACAACUCCCAGAAUCCCAGGUCACGACAACAUAUAAAACAGUAUUUUUGGAGGGAAACAUUGGAAGUUGGGAUAAAGAGGGAGACAGGGUGGGCUCAUGGCUCGAAACUAAUAUUAAAUAAAUGAUAAUAUAAAGAAGAAAUAAAAUCCACUCAGCAGAACUAACUAAACAACAUAACCUACAGAAUGCACCUUUCAUCCCUAUCAUGAGCAGAUGGUGAGGGUGGUUUCAGGUUUUUAAGGGCCCUGAAAGGUUGGGUCAACCCAUUUGUGUUACCUUAUUGCAGUAUUUCACAAUUGGGGUUCUGCGGAACCCUAGGGUUCCACGAGUACAAAAUUGGGGUUCCUCAGUGAUUUGCCCCGAUGGGCAUUGCUGCAAAGGGACCCAGUCAGCACCGCGGCUGAUUAAUUGCGCAACCGGGUCCCCGUGGUAUGGGAUGCUAAGAGGAAUUGACGGACAGACAGUCAUUUCCUCCCAGCUUCAUGUAGAAAAUGCCGCGCUGGAGGGAGAUAGGCAGCAGCCGGCAGUGAGCAGCUCCCCCCACACACACCAGCCUCAGCCAGCAAGUCACCCUCCUGCAGACAACACGUAUGCUAAUAGGAGGGUGACAGCAAAUAUAAAAAAUAUCAUGUGUGUGUAUUUUACAGUGUGUGUAUUAAUGUGUCACUGUGUGUAUCUGAGUGUUUGCAUCUGUGUGUCAGUGUUUGUGUCACUGUAUGUAUCUUAGUGUGUGUAUAUGCCAUUGUGUAUCUGUGUGUAUGUGUCACUGUAUUUACCUGUGUCAGUGUGUAUCUGAGUGUAUGUGCCAUUGUCACUGUGUCACUAUGUGUAUGUGUCACUGUGUGUAUCUGAGUGUGUGUACUAAUGUGUCACUGUAUGUAUCUGAGUAUUUGUAUCUGUGUGUCACUGUUUGUGUCACUGUGUGUAUCUAAGUGUGUGUAUGUGCCAUUGUGUAUCUGUAUGUAUCUGAGUGUCACUGUGUUUACCUGUGUCAGUGUGUAUAUGAGUGUAUGCGCCAGUGUGUAUCUGAGUGUCACUGUGUGUAUCUUUCAGUGUGUGUGUGUGUAUAGGUGUGUGUGUGUGUAUGUGCCAAUGUGUGUGUGUAGCAGUGUGUGUAUGUGCCUGUGUGUGUAUCUUUCAGUGUAUCUGUGUGUUGGUGUGCGUGUAUCUGAGUGUGUGUAUCUGUGUGUCAGUGUGUCUGUGCAUCUAUGUGCCAGUGUGUGCCAGUGUGUGUAUAUGUGUGUCAGGUUCACACACUGACACAAAGAUACGCACACUGGCACAUACAAACACAGAUACACACACCUUGAUACACAGACACACACCGGCACAUACAAACACAGAUACACACACUUUGACACAGACACCUUGACACACAGAUACAUACACACACACACACACACAGAUGCACACUGUGUGUCAAGGUGUGUGUAUCUGUGUGUUAAGGUGUGUGUAUCUGUGUGCCAGUGUGUGUGUAUCUGUGUGUCAGAUACACACACACACACACACACAGAUACACAAUGACACACAGACACACAUUGAUGCACAGAUACACACACGGACACAUACAAAGAAAGAUAAACACCUUGACACACAGCCACACACCGGCACAUACAAAAAAAAAGGGGGGGGUGGGUUGGGGGGGGGGCGGAUUCCACGAUGUUGAUAUUCUAUGUCAAAGGGUUACAUGGGAAACAUUUAUUGGGAACCCCUGCCUUAUUGCAUCCCUCUACCAACAUGCACGUUCAUGGUCCAUACUUGUAGAGCUGCAAACCCCUAAACAUCUGUAAGGAUGCAUUGAGCGAUGGUUUCCUUAGCACGCCCACCAUGGCUAUUUGGAGUUCUGUAGGCUCCCUGUUCAUCUGUUAAUUAGGGAAAGUAUAGUGGCCUCAUCUACUAAUAACAGACAGAUUUUGAUAUUGCUUAUUAUUUAUAUUAUUGUGUUUAAUUCCGUACUGAAGCAGACAGUUGCCGGUAAAUGACAGUCCCUUGUUCUCUCGCCCCGGAGAUUUACUGAGUUGAAUUCUGUUGCAGAGGGAUGUACAAACCAUGCUUGCUUUCCCUGCCAUUCCAUGUUCAUUGCCCCAUGAUGCUCCAGAAAUGUUCAAGCUUGCUCAGGCGCCUGUACAGAGAUUCUACACCAGUGCAGGCGCACUCUGCCAUCCCUUGCAUAGUGCUCUAUGUGCACAUGGUUCUGGAGGGGUUUAUUUGAUUUACAUGGCAUUCCCUGAUUGUAUUUGGGCAGCAAGAGACGACAUGCCAUAUAAAAAAAUGGAAAACUCUUUUAACUGGCUCUUUUGCGCCUUUUAAAUUUGCGCUUAGCGGCUGGAGCAUGUUUGUACAGACACAAGAUCGAUGGCAAUUUUAUAUUACUGAGUCCUUAUAUUUAUUUUUUGCCAAUGUUGCACACUAAAUCCUGCCCUUCGCCUUUCAACUAUUAUCCUUUCUCCAGAUCUUUCAGUCCCAUAAAAACAUGCACGGCUAUACUAACAGACUUUAUAACCAUAGACUUAUUAUACCUACAUGUGUUACACCUCAAUUAAUCCUUGCUGACUUGGAUAGAUCUCUAAAUGUAUCCGUGCAAUACAAACGUUUAUUCUUGAUGUUAUGCAGGGAGACAAAGAGACCGUCAUUGAUUCGACUACAAAAGAUAAUUCUUUUUAAAGACAGUCUGUUUUAUCCCUGGCUAACCUCUACAGUUAGAAUGUAUUCGGCUCUGCUCGUAACACUUUGAGAUCAAUGCAUUGGGACUCAAAGGGUUAACAUACCAACUCCCUGUAUUUAAGACUCAUUCACAAAAAAAAGCCCCGUCACCUCUCCGAGACAUUUCUAUUACGUAUGUACUAAUGUUAAAGCCAGCGGCAUCAGCAGGGAGACGGUUUGUGUUCUUUUCAGAGCGAUGGCUGAAUGCCAAGGCACAAACAGAAGAAGAACAAUCGAUAGAGUCAUGAACGGACAACACUUGAUGAUUUUAUGUCUGUGCAAAAUGGGAAAGUCGAUAGAUUAUCAGAUAAGGUCUGGGGAUAAUUCAAAUCCUAUUUAGUGAGUUCUCCAGACUGUUGGUGUUGCUGUAACUGUAUGUGGAGUUGAUUUCGCCAUUAGUAUCAGUUAAUGUCUGAUUAAACCACCAGGAUGAGCCCAGGCGAUAUUAAUUUCAAUAUCACUUCACGGAAUAAGAAUUGGUUACUUCCUUUAUAAUUAUAUGGAAAGUUAUAUAUAGCCCAUUGAUAUGGGCCCGCCUGGGACCGUAAGAACAUUAUGUUCUUGUACUCUGACACUAGCUUAGUGUUGUAGCGUCCAAAUGUUUCUUUUAUAAUGGGGACUUUUGUUCUUGGGAAGAGAAAGUAAUAAAAAAAUUUAAAAAAGGGGAAAAAAUAUAUACUUGUAAAGUGGACAAUUCUCUCCAAACACCAUAACAACUUAGCAUCAUUGCAAAGGGUAUGAAGCAGAGAGUACCCUAGAGAGAGAGACAAGGUGUUGUUCGGCUGGCACUCAGGGGUUCUCUACACACAGUCCGCUUCACAAUACUGAAGUUUAUAAAUUGAUAGCAGUCACACAUCCCCAUAGAACAGAUUAAGAAGCUUACGACUGGUGUCUUAUUUUCCUGUCCAGAAAGUGGGGCUACUUGCAGGUGCAGAGAGCCUCUUCCAGCUGUGAUCCUGCAGGAAAGUUGAUUUAUUCACAUUUUUAAAACAUCACUAUGAAAGCCCAGAGAGGCCAUGUAUUUUUAAUAUUUUUCUUACACGUUAUGACAACUUGUUAUCUCGUGAGAAUUACUUGUUUUUUCAAGAUAACAAGUUGUUUUUUUUACAUGGCCUCUCUGGGCUUCUGAACAUUACCAAUAUAGUGCAUUAACAUAGAAGGCCAUGGUUGUCUGUUGUUUCCUUUUAAGAAGUAAUAUUUUGUAAUGGCUUGCAUUUCUCCUGAAACAUUUUAUUGGGGUUUAAAAAAAGAGAGUAGUGGGUGCCGGAUUACACAAUCAAACACCCCAAAUAGACUUUAUCAUAUUAAAAGAAAUUUAAAGAUAAAUGGGGAAAUUAACAGUGUCAUCAAACAAAACAGUCAAUUAGGACUGUUUGAUAUGGUCUUUUCCGUGUGAAGGUUUAUAUUGAAUCCCUACUAAUAAACUAGUUAAUUAAAACGUAAAACAGUGGCCAAGUCACAGAAUCCUUAAGAGUGCCCCAUCCCUCCCCAUCAUGCAAAUCAAAUUGGAGAUCUUAAAGUAUAUCCGUUACUAUAUUGAAAUGUUUGGCGAACAAAAGUUAUGGGUGUCUAAGUAUUGUAUGUGGGGUUUAUUGAGAAACCUUGCGUUCCUUAUGUAAACAGAUAUGCUUACUUAGUUUGGCAUAGCACCAGGGUUAUCAGACAUAAUCUAGCCAUGAAGAAUGGCCUUCAUUCUAGAGUUUCUUGGCGCAAUGUGAUGGAAAAUAUCAAAGAUGGACAGCUUCAGUGACACGGCAUUGCAGUUUUAUUACAAAUUCACAUGCCAGGGCUCCUCAAGUCACUUACGAGGAUCACAUUUGAAACAAUUAGUUAAUUGACUGCUUUCUGAGCAGCCCCACCGUAUUUGGGGUUAUCAAACGCAGAGUGGAAUAUAUUCUAGAUAAAAUACAUAUACCCUGGGACUUUGAUAAUUAAACAAAAAAAAAUUUCUUGCACUUUAAUCUCCACAUAUGGGCACAGGGGCAGUGUUCCCUGUAAGCAUAUAUCUGUGACUAGUCCAGCAUGUAUGCUGCUGAGAAGACGGUCUUUAUAACAAACACAUCUGAUGACUCUUUUAAACUUCCUUGAAGGACACGUGCAGAGCAAGCCUUUAUUAAAACCACUGAAAGCCAUAAUGCUAUAUUUAUAGGUGAAGCAUAUCAUUUUACAAACAUUUUAUAAACAAAAAAAGAAAGGAAUACCGUACACUUAUUAAAAUCCUGGUGCAACCAGACCUGGGGUUGGCUACCCCUCCUGUGAUAGUUGAACAAACAUUGUAGUCCAGGCACUCAAGGAUCAGUUCAGCAGGUUUAUUGGAACAGAGUGCAACGUUUCGACCCCACAAGGGAUCUUUCUCAAGCUCAGAGAUUGAAACGUUGCAAUCUGUUCCAAUAAACCUGCUGAAUUGAUUGCCUGGACUACAAUUUUUGUUCAACUUUACAAACAUUUCAAGCAGGUAAGUGUUACAAUAUGUUACUCGCCCACUCAGAGGAGUGGGGGGCGGGGCAGUCACCUAAACAGACACACUCACUGACAGGCACACACACACUUGCUGAUUUGACACACACUAACAAACACACACUCACUGACAGGCACACACGCACACACACUGACACUGUUACAGGCAUACUGACACACACACACAGGCAUACUGGCUGACAAACACACACACACACACACACACACACACAAACUGGCACACACAGAUAUACUAACACACAUAAAGAGACAUACUGACACACACAGACAUACACACACACACACAAACGUUACACUUUUAAAGCCAGUAGACAGGGGCUGAGCAAGGGGACAGGACUGUAGUGGGGGGUAUGAGCUGUAGUUAGGGGUUAGGAAAUGUAGUGGGGGGAUAGGGGCUGAAGUAGGUUGAUGGCUACAAUUUGGGAAAGGGGUUGUGGUGUGAGUGAUAUGGGUUGCAAUUGGGGGAGAGGAGCGUAGUGGGGAUGUUGUGAGGGCUGUGGUGGGGGGGCAUGGGGCUGAGGGAGGGGAACAUGGGCUGAGGAAAGGAGAACAUGGGCUGAGGGAGGGGGACAGGGGCAGAGGAAAGGGGAACAUGGGCUGAGGAAAGGAGAACAUGGGUUAGGGAGGGGAACAGGGGCCGAGGAAAGGAGAACAUGGGUGAGGGAGGGGGACAGGGGCCGAGGAAAGGGGAACAUGGGCUAAGGAAAGGAAAACACGGGCUGAGGGAGGGGACAGGGGCUGAGGAAAGGGGAACAUGGGCUGAGGGAGGGGGACAGGGGCCGAGGAAAGGAGAACAUGGGCUGAGGGAGGGGGAACAUGGGCUGAGGGAGGGAACACUGGGGCUGAGGAAAGGGGAACAUGGGCUGAGGGAGGGGGAACAUGGGCUGAGGGAGGGGGCAGGGGCUGAGGAUGGGGACAGAGGCUGAGGAGGGGGAUAAAAACAAAACUAAAGUGUCUUCCCCCCUCCCUGAGUCUUACAUUAGACCAGGGAGGGGUGGGCAGGAGCUAGGAGCCUGCAUCCAGCAGCCAGUGAAGUCGGCCUCUCCUGAUGAUGUCAGGAGGAGGGGGCGUGACUUCCUCUGCUCUUCUCCCAGACUCCGCAGCUGACAUCAUCAGGAGAGGCCGGCCGACUUCCCUAUCUGCAAGGAGAAAGAGGUCCCAGCCAGAGGCAGGGCCAGAGUCAGAGGCAGGGGAUUCAGAUUUUUCUUUUUUUUUUCUGGAUUUAAGGCGGCCUGGGGGGAAUUGCCCCCGGCCCACUCUGGAAAGCAAACAAUCUAAGUGUUUUUGUUUUGUUUUUUUAAUGUAAAUAAAUUUGUUUCCCCUAAUGUUCCCUACACAGCUACAGCAUCAAGAAUGAUUCUAGAAAAUGGCUUUCUGUCAAAGAGCAUUCUGGGAAGAUCCACCUGCUCCAUGCUAUAGACAGAGAGGUGUCAGAUGAGACAUACACUGUACAGGUUGUGGUGACAGAGGAAGGUAUGUUACACAUGUGGUAAAGCUCAUCAUUUAUUUUGUAUCCUCAGUUAAAUGUACUAUUUACAGUGUCACAAUGAUGAACCAAAGGAAGGUAUAAAAAAAACACAUGCAACCAAUCUUAAAUGCAUGAUGUUUUACUGUAACACAUAUACUUUUAUCUUGGCUUAAUGAGAUUUUUGGUUUAUGGAGAAAUAGAGGGCUUAGUGUAAAAAGGAGACACUGAAAAUGCAUAUAUUUUUGUAAUGCAUAUAAUUAUUUGUCUCAAAAAAAUGUACGUUUGCUAAAUUUGCACAAAUAUUUCCUAAUACCUAAAACUUUAGCUUUUUUUUUUAGCUGCAGAAACCGACCACUACCACUAGUAAAUAUCCAUUCCCUUUUGUUCAGACGUUCAUUCCUUGUAGUAAGGCAACUUUUUGUGCCCAAUGACGGGACAUAAAUUCAGAGUGUUUUGGGGGGGUUUUCACUCUGAUUUCUGCAUAUAAAACGGGUAGAGCUCGAAAAGAGUUGGGCAGCAGGAACUUUGACACUGUGUGAAACUCAUCUAGCCAAAGGCAACUCAUCCAAGGCAUCUGGAAUUAGUAUUCUGUGUAUGCUGCCACAAAAAUUGCACAAAACUGAUAUUGCAAGCCAGGAAGAGAGUCAUCUAGGCAAGUGAUUGACAGCUCAGGGAGGAGGUCCUACACAUAGGAAAAAUGCUAUUUAUCUCUGCAGUUUAGCUUUUUUUAAGGCUUAAUGGAUAGGAUCUAUGCAACAAAAUCACUUCUGCAAGAUGAAGUGAUUUAUGGUGCUCUAGAGUAACCCUUUACGUCUGUAUGGAGCUGCAGAGUUAAUUCAUUGAAGAAUGGUAGGUUUCAAGGUUCUGUUAGUGGAGAACUGGAAGAGUGAGACUCUGGAGAGAUGCAUAGUCCAGUGUUUAGUCAAUGGGGGGCUUCAGAUUUCAGUGUUUAGUCAAUGAUCAACUGCGAAGCUCAGUGUUCAGUCAUGCGAGAGCUGCGGGGUUCAGUGUCCAGUCUGUGAAAAGGUGCAAGUUUCAGUGUUCAGUCUAUGUAGAGCUGCAGGGAUCAAUCUGCAGAGAGCUGCAGGGUUUAGCAUUCAGUCUGAAUAGAGCUACAGAGUUCUAGCUAGUAGCUAACAGAUGCCUGUCUUGUGCUAUCUCACCAUUUUUAGUACAUGUGCAUCAUUCAUUUAAUGCAGUUAUACAAAAAAUAGGAAGUCUAUUUUUGAGGAGCUAUGUGUGAGUCACUCCUUGACCUGCACCUUCAUGAUUUUCAGAAAUAAAGACUUAGCGUUAACUCUCCAACAUCCAGUGAAGUCUAAAAAGCAUUGCUGAAGUGUGUAUUACUGAACGAGCAUGCCUGGAAAGGGUUAAGUUAUAUAUUGUCUGUAAUUUGUGCAAUCAAGCAGGGGUUAGUGCCCUAAAAUCAUUUUAAGUGUAUCUUCUGAUUAUUUGUCCUUGCUGCUGCUGGAGAUGAGUCACAGGUUACAGAUGAUGUCAGAUCAUUCAGAGACCACUCAUUUAAACGAUGUUUUUAAAAAAAUAUAUAUUUUCAUUCAAUACCUUGGUCGUGAGCGACAGUAAGCUGUUUUUUUUUUAUAGUGAAUGGAGAGAUAUAGCAUUAGACUUGCCGAUAGCCGAAAAUAACAGGAACCAAUUGAGUCAUCUCCAACUUUGUACUUUCCCCAACUGCCUGAUUGAAAUUCCGGAAAUCUAUUGUGACUACCCCAUCCUCCUGCAUUGUAGUGGUUAUGGUAUUUGGAAUGUUUAUUUCAUUUUAGAUAUAUUAACCCACCUAAAUACAACAGAUUGUUGUGCAGUAUAACAAAUAAUAGAAAGUAGGAUAAGUGCUAAAAGGCAACUAUACGUAGAACUGUAAGCAGGUAGCAAACAUUGGUAGUAAGGGAUACCCUCACCUCCUUACUGAUUAAUAUAAAGCAAGAUAAUACAAAAUAUAUGUACAGGUUGCACCAAAAUAAAAAGACCAAUAGAAUAUCAGGUGCUUGGAGUAUUCUUUACUUGUAAAUUGUCCAGGCUUCUGAUGGUGGCAGGUAUAUGUAAUAAGGCAGAAAGAUAACUGGUAAUGGUGCAGAGUAUCUAGUACCAAGUGCAGAACAAACAACAAAGAGGUCUGUGUUGUAGGACUCACAUUUAGUAGAGCUAAAAAGAGCUAAAAAAAACAGCUCUGAGUAUAACAGCAUGCAGCGGUACAAUUCCCACUGACGGAUAUGUUGCUCUAGGAGUCAGUCACUCGGCAUGUAGGUGGAUAUAUACAAAGAUACAAAAGGUAAAAAGUAGUGCUAUCUGUAAAACUGUAUAUUAAUAAUUAUAAAGGGAAAAGUAAUCGACUCACAUCUGAUGGAACAAUAUACACUUGCUCAAGUAUUAACUCUUGGGUGAUACAAUCCCCACCAGGGAUAUAAUAUAGAGCAGUUCCUCCAAAGUGUAAUUCUUGACAGGAUACAGGUAGCAGGUAGAUAUAAUCAGGGCUGAUGCAAGAAUAUCUGUCACCAUAAGCAAAUAACUAUUUUGCCGCCUCCUCAUGUCACUCACUCACUGACAGACACACACACUGACAGACAUUCACUGACAUACACACACAGGCAGACACUCACUGACAGACAGACACACACACACACUGACAUACAUACACUCACUCACUGACACACACACACACACACAUUUACUGACACACACACAGACACCUACUAACAGACAUACAGUCACUCACUGUCAUGACGCGGCUCUCUGACACUACUUAGAGAGACCGCGCCAAAGACAAUCCGCUUGGUGAUUUUGGGACCUACUUCCGGGUAUAGAUGCCGGCUCCACAAGCUCUCUCACAUGCUUCCUAAACCUUUGACUUAGUAAACGGAUUAUGCUUCUUCCACUAGAGGAUUACUGGAGAACGGACACUUUACCAUUUAUCAAGUGGAAUCUAAUACUGAUCUCUUGGAGGACAACUCACAUUAAUCUUAAGUAUAACUUCCAAUCUAUUUUCUGCAAUCAGUUAUUAAUGAACUGUUAUUUGCUUGCUCAAAUCUUCUCUGCUGCAAACUACUAAUUAUACUGAGGAUAACUCCCAUCAAGCUUAACCACUAUGAACUGUUUCUUGCUUUGCAAUUAUCCUCUGCUAUCUGUAUACUAAUUCUAUUGAAGAUUAUUCCUAUUAACCCAAGAAUAUUAUUUCUGAGGAAAUACUUAUUAAUGAACUUUGUAUUGUCUGCUAUAACCACCAAUUUCUUCUAAUUGAAUUAUUACCUAUAUGCUAUUCACUUAAGUUUAUCACAAUCAUUAAAACUUUGUUUGAUUCUCUAAUUGCCGGCAAGCCUCUCUUUUCUUAAAGCUACAGUAUUGAUAAUUUAAAGAUUCUCCGUUUCAUUACUAUUGUAAUUAAGGAGUUCUACAAGCUGCAGUUGAGUUCCAAUUCUAAAAAACAAUUGUAGCAUAACACUAACUGACAGACACACAAACCUACACUCACUGACUGACACACAGAAACUUACUCGCUGGCAGACAUUCACUCACACUCACACUCACACACAAAGACACUCACACAGACAUACACUCACUCACUCACUGACAGACACACACACUGACAGACAUUCACUGACAUACACACACAGGCAGACACUCACUGACAGACAGACACACACACACACUGACAUACAUACACUCACUCACUGACAGACACACACACACACACAGGCAGACACUCACUGACAGACACACUCACUGACAGUCAGGGCCGUCUUUAACGCGGGGCAAACGGGGCAGCUGCCCCGGGCCCAGUUUCUCUUGGGGGGCCCGAGGCACCUGCCCCGUGGGCCCCGCUGACCCGGGCGGGCGGGUGGCCGGUCGGGCAGGAAGGCGGGCGCGCGAGGGAGCACUCAGUGCUUCCUCUUCAGCUCCCUCGCGCACCGCACUGAUGCCGGAGCCGGAAGAUGACGUCAUCUUCCGGCACCGGCAUCCCUACGCGGCGCGCUAGAGGGAGCUGAAGAGGAAGCACAUGGGGGAAAGUGCUCCCUCGCGCGCCUGCCGCCCAGACAGCCCGCCCACCCAGUGACCUGCCGCCCAGUAGCCCAGCAGCACCACCACUGGACCCCAGAGAAUCCCCCCAGCACUCCAAAAGGUAAGGAGGCUGGGGGGAUUAAAUUUGAAAAAAAAAAAUGUGUGUUUGUGUGUAUGUGUGUGUUAGUGUAUGUGUGUUUGUGUGUUUGUGUAUGUGUGUGUGUGUGUUUGUUUGUGUGUGUUAGUGUUUGUGUGUUAGGGUAUGUGUGUGUUUGUGUGUGUUAGUGUGUGUGUGUUUGUGUGUGUUAGUGUAUGUGUUUGUGUGUUAGUGUAUGUGUGUGUUAGUGUAUGUAUGUGUGUGUAUGUAUGUGUGUGUUUAUGUGUGUUAGUGUGUGUGUUUGUGUGUUUGUUUGUGUAUGUGUGUGUUAGUGUGUGUGUGUUUGUGUGUUAGUGUAUGUGUAUGUGUGUGUUUGUUUGUGUGUGUUAGUGUUUGUGUGUUAGUGUAUGUGUGUGUGUUUGUGUGUGUUAGUGUGUGUGUGUUUGUGUGUGUUAGUGUGUGUGUUAGUGUAUGUGUGUGUUAGUGUAUGUAUGUGUGUGUAUGUAUGUGUGUGUUUAUGUGUGUUAGUGUGUGUGUUUGUGUGUUAGUGUAUGUGUGUUAGUGUGUGUGUUUGUGUAUGUGUGUUAGUGUGUGUGUAUGUGUGUGUUAGUGUAUGUGUGUUAGUGUAUGUGUGUUAGUGUGUGUGUUUGUGUGUUAGUGUAUCUGUGUGUUAGUGUAUCUGUGUGUUAGUGUAUGUGUGUGUGUCAGCAUGUCUGUGUGUGUGUCAGCAUGUCUGUGUGUGUGUGUCAGUAUGUCUGUCUGUCUAUGUGUCAGUAUAUAUGUGUGUGUAUAUCUGUGUGUGUCGGUAUGUGUAUGUGUCAGUAUGUCUGUCAGUGCGUCAGUAUGUCUGUUAGUGCAUGUGUAUGCAUGUGUCAGUAUAUCUGUCUGUGUGCCAGUAUGUCUGUGUGUGUGUGUGUCAGUAUAUCAGUCUGUGUGUGUCAGUGUAUGUGCCUGUGUGUGUGUCAGUAUUUCUCAGUGUAUGUGGGUGUCAGUAUAUCUGUCAGUGUGUGGGUGUCAGUAUUUCUGUCAGUGUAUGUGUGUCAGUAUGUUGAUCAGUGUAUGUGUCUGUGUGUGUGUGUCAGUAUGUCGGUAUAUGUGUCUGUGUGUCAGUAUGUUUGUAUAUGUGCCUGUGUCAGUAUGUCUGUCAGUACGUCUACCAGUGUAUGUGUCUGUGUGUGUGUCAAUAUAUGUACCUGUGUCAGUGUGUCUGUCAGUGUAUGUGCCUGUUUAUCUGUAUGUAGUCAGUGUAUGUAUCUGUGUAUCUGCUUGUGCGUCAGAGUGUGUACCUGUGCAUCUGAGCCGCAACUUUAAAUACAAAUACACCCCUCCAUUCAAACUUCAACACUACAUAUAAAACACACUCCUGCAUUGAAACGUCAACACUACAUACAAGCACACUCCUACAUUCAAAAACAAACACUACACAUAAAUGCACACUUGCAUUCAAACUCCAGUACCACAUACAAACACAUUCACACAAACAUACUCCAUACAAACACAUGCUUACAUUCAAACAUACUAACAUGGCUCAGUGCUAAAUACAACCCUGCAAGCAUGGGAAAUUGGUAGAGUCCCAGCUGUCAAAGCAUUGUUGGAGUUGCACGACAGAUGGGGUUCUACCUUUAGUCCAACCUUGCAAUUGGGGGUCCCAAUAAAAUUCAUUCUACUUUAGUACCGCCACUGCGUUGGGAUGGAUGCCGUGAUUGCAUACCAGGGAGUGAGGGGCGAGAGCGGCAGGGCACAGGGGGCCCAAGCAAACACUUGCCUAGGGUCUAUUCGUUAUUAAAGACGGCCCUGCUGACAGUCAAUCACUCACAGGCCUGGGGUCCAGUGUGGGGCAGCUCCUCACUCCUCCUGCCUGCUCUUUAGUAUGCCAGGGCCGGAAUGAUGUCAGCAUCAGUGAGUGCAAAGGAGGAGUGAGAAGCUGCAAGAACAGCCUCCCUCGUCGCCUGGCUUCUCCUUCCCCCUCUCCUCCCGACGGUUACAGGCAUUUGUUGGCAGAGCAGGCACCUGCCAUCAAGUGCCUGCUCUGCCUUACCAAGCACAGCUUCGGGGCACCCUGAGGUGGCCAGAUGGCGCUCCCCCCCUUUAGGAUCGGCCUGGCGCUGCCGCCCAAGACAGGGGCAAGCAGCCCACCAUGAAACAUCCCGGUGGGCGCCCCUUUCCAUAUUCUGCCGUUUUGGUACUAGUCAUAGUUCUACAAUAUCCUUGCAAAAGCACAAGCUUUUCUUUUACUGUAACUUGUCUUUCUGUGCCUUGCUGAGGAGGUUCAAUCCAGCUGUUAACCCCCUCCCAAAUCCCUAUCCAGAUGGACAAUCAACAAAACUAAAACUCAGAUUGUUUGCCUUCUGAUUAGAAUGCUCGAAGCAGCUUCUCCUCAUAUUUGUUUUUUUUUUCCUUUUAAAGAACACAAAGUUUAAACACAGUCUCAAACGAAGGCAAAUAAGCUAUAAUUACUCCUGAUUGGUAUAUUGUGAGUCCUUGCAUUUAGCACUGCAUGAAAGAUGGAGACAAUUAAAUGAAUAAUGUCUUUGCGGGUUGAAUAUUCAGAAGGGAUUAUCAUAGAACACGUGUCUUGGAUCUGUUCUACAGCGUGCAAAUGUCUUCUGUCAUUCAAAACCUUAGAUAUUUAACCUUUCAGACAUGCUAAGGAGCAGUAAGUGAUGUUUCGGCUCUUGGCCGCAAUUUAUAGGGUCUCUAUACAAAGGUCAGUUUUAAAGAUGUUCUCAAUUUCUUCUCUUUUGUGGCAGUUAGAUGACCUGCAAAUAUAAAGAAUAGUGAUUUGGGAGAUUAUACCUCUCAUAAUUUCCUAGAAAUAAUUCACGUAUGGAUCCGCUCAAAUCUAGUUAUCUUGAUGGGAAAGAGUAGGUUAGUUUGCCUUCCAACCAUUAAGUUCUUGGAGCUUUCUCCAGAUAACUGGCUGUUUCAUUAUGAAUGUUCUUCUCGCAUAUCACGUCAUGAUCUCGAAACACACAGAUGUCAAGCUUAUUGUAUGCCAGAGCAUUUGUACAGUAGUAGAGUAAGAUACUGACAGACAGACAGACAGCCUUGUCAACAAGUUGGUUUUUGGACUUUGUUGGCCAACAUACCCACCUUGUAUGGUGAUAAGGUCAGAUGGAAAACAGGAACCAGAGCAGGAUCGAAAGACUCAAAAUGGAAAAUAGCAAAAUAAUCAGGUUCAAUAAACAGCUACAUAUCAAGGUAUAAAAGAUCGUCCAAGGAGUGUAUUAUGUUCUUAGCCAGCACACAGAUCACUCUAAGAUAGACAGGAAUCAAGAAGGGAUUGAAGUUGGGAGCAAGUCACAUCUGUAACAGGAUGUAGCCAUAAGGUCGACAAGAACUGGGCAGCACAGAGUCAUAUGGACUGCAAGCAAGCAGAGAGUAGUCUGAAAGACAACAUUGUAUUAGAUACAAUAAACUAUGCUUAUUACACAUCAGUAAUUUUUAAUAUAAAAAAUAUUUCACAUCUAUAAAAUCCAAAAAAUAUUUAGAAAGGGGAAUAUAAUUGAGUACAGUAUUAACUUUCUUUAGAUGUCUCAACUCAUUCCAUUAAUUUACAAAAUUGUUCGAGAAGAAGGGCGCUGGGCUAUAAUAUAGAUGGCAUGACACUGGCUCGCCCCACACGUCCCCUAUCCAGUGAAUGAGAGGUAGAAGUACAAUAAAAGGGGGACGUGCUAUUAUCCAUCCCCACCCCCCCUCUUUAGGGUCCAGGAUCCCCAAGUCUCUAGCCACCCUCCAAUAAAUAGUCCCUAGUUACCCACUCACACUAAUAAUAGUAAAGGGGGGUCCAUAGUUCUAAUUUACGUGAAAAGAUCUAUACUUACCUUCAGAUUUCUCCUUUCUUCUACAAUAAUUGUCUUGUCUUUCUGGACUGUCGUUCUCUGUGCUGCUUACACCAGUUCCUUGGGUAGUGCCCUAUGAUUCCAAGUCUUCACUCUGGUUCUGCAUUGGUGCUUUUGCCCUGGUCUAGAACCCAGUGGAUACCCCAUUGAACAUUGGCGUUUUACAAAUAUUAAUAAUAAUAAUAGUCCCACAUUGUCUUCUUACUCUAUUUUUAGUUUUUUUUCAUUAGCACUAUUUCUCCUGUGCUUCCCUCUCCAUUACAUAUCAUGAGAGUAAAUCAAUGUAUCAGAUUAAAGAUGAGGGGAUCGCUUACACUGAUACACUGUGUGAUGAAGGCUGUAAGUAGACUUGGAAGGAAGAGAUUGCCGACAUCUUAACUAUUUCACACUCCAAGGACCAGCAGCUGCACCAGCAAGUGUUAAUCCGCAGGCCAGAUUGGUUUCUGGGCAAACUGUCUGUCAAAAGGGCAGACACAUUGUACACUGAACGCUGUGUUGUGAUUCUUGGCAAUCAAAGCGUUAAAAAGAAAAGGAGAGAAAAAAAACACACAGUUACUCAUCACACCCAUUAUAUUAGGAAUAAUUGAGGUAAUUGCAGUGGAGUUUAAAUGUAGAUCAUUGUGCAAUUAAUCUCUCCAAUCUCCCGCCUACUUUAAACGCAGCAGGAGACCUGCAGUCUCAUUGCUCAGAAACAUGUGCCUGGCGAAUGGCAUUUACCCAUGAGCACUCUAUAGCAAGCAUGUCCGAUACAUGGGCCUUACAGCCUGAGAACUGCAGUGGUUAUGGUUAUAGUUUAAUGAAAAUCCUUUGUAUGUUUCAUGGUAAAGCUCAAAGUACCAUCUGCAUGGGAUAUUCAUGGGAGAACGUGUAAACACACCUCCAAAGUGUCCCUAUUUAGGAAAGACAGUCCCUCUUUUCAAUCCUAAUGUCCCUCCUUAUUAAGAAGCUCCAUAUUGUUGGUGUGUCUGAGUGUAUAACAGAGCUCCACAGCAAUAAUACUCCCAGUAAUGUGACUUUAACCCCUUAAGGACCAAACUUCUGUAAUAAAAGGGAAUCAUGACAUGUCACACAUGUCAUGUGUCCUUAAGGGGUUAAACUACAAUAAAUGUGUUUAGAAAUCAGUUUGUGUAAAUAAGACACAUUGUUCUUGUUCUGAAUUACAUUUUAGUUUUGUAAAUUAUUAGUAAGUCAUCUAAAAUUACAUGGAACAGCCCCUACCCUGUCCACACCCCUAAAAUGAAAGUGUCCCUCUUUGUCCAUUUAAAAUGUUGGGAGGUAGUCUCAGUGUAAAUAGCGCAUGUCUUUGUCCUUAGUUAACACUGAGAUGAGUGCAUUUAUACUCAGUCUCACCAAGUAUCAAAGUAUCACCAUUCACUUGAUGCCACCUGCGCAGGAAUCCUGAAUAAUGUACGAGGUUAGACCAACGUAUCAUGGCAAGCUGUGUCCACUCAUUAUACUUACCUCAAUCCCGGAACAUUACUUGUUUGCUAUUCUUUUCUGCUACAAGUCCAUAAUUCUAGGAACAAGCUGAAUAAAAAAUCACAAUCUGCAGCUCGAGGUCAGUAUGUCAGUCCCGCUGCGGAGAUAACUUAGCGUACAUCUGGCUACACACUGGUCAGAGACCAUCGCUUUAAAACAGUAUAUAUUAAUAGAGUACCGAGUCUAUUUAAUUGGUCUGUGCCAGCACAGAGGCCCCGUGUUAUGGAUAGUGCACCAGAGCUGUAAUUUAGUAUAACUGCCUGAGGAAGCCGUCGGGCAAUGUAACUUUCCUUCCUGCUGUCUCCUCCCUGGGGCCGAGAAAGUGUGUACCGCUAGAAGGCAGCCAUUAUCAGUAUAGCUGAUAGUAUUCAUUAACACUGCCCGAUACAAUGUACACUGCCUGUCAUUAAGCUGCCCUUUAAACAUUUCUCCACCUUCUGGUCCACGAUGCCACACAAACGUUAUCCAAGGAGUAGGAAGUACCAUCAUAGUCUGAUGGUACUACGUGCUUUGGCAAUAAAAGAACGAACACCGCGUAGCUCUCAAGACUUGAUCCCUGAAUGUAGAUGACAAGUCGCGUUUGCUGCUGGGAAUUCCAAAAGUGAGUAGAUUGUCAUACACAGAUAAAAAGAAAAAAGCAGUACAGGUUCAUUAGCAAGUACACCAAUGGCUAACCUGGCACGACAGAUAUUUGUGCACCCAAUUUCCCAUGAUGCACAGUCAGCCUAUGUUAUUCACCAGCAUCUGUAGUACAAAUUCCUCUUAUAUUGCAAAUUAUAGUCUUUAAUCCUCACCAUCACUGAGCGAUCUAUCUAUCAGUCUUCUCUUAUAGAUCCAGGGGGUAGGUAUACACUUACAUUAUUUGUGCUGUGUGGACUGCACUUCAUCAAUUGAUUGACAUUACGUGAAGAUUUAGGGUUUUUUAAAAGUUACCAAACAGAUUGCCUUCAAAAAGUUUCUUAGAUUUAUACCACACAGCUCAUCCUACUCUAUGGACAAUGUUCCACUCACUUUAUAUCAUGGACUCCACUUCUUAGCUGCAUUACUGAGCUUACAGGCAGACUCCAGGAUUGUUGGAAGCGGGGCACCACCCAUGAAUGAGAACUGUCAAGGACUGACCAUAUUCUUGGAGUAUAGAUGCUGAUAUAGGGGGCUUUUUUCUCCCAUGAUAUUUGUGGGUUCUAUUUUGUUUAGUAAAUAGUGUAGAUGUUUUUACACUGUGGGAGAUGCCUCUCUUUUUUAUUUAUAAUUUGCAGACAUCUGCAGUGCCAAUGUUAGCGAUCACUGAGCUACGAUUUGUCACCCUUUUCUUGUUGUGGAGUUGUGGUGUCUUUUCUGGUCAAAGUUCAAAUAACUAAUUGAUUUUUGUUUCUUAAUGGAAUCUAUUAAGCUAAGCCAAACUGGUGAAAGGAAUGUGUUCAAAGAAAUUAAUUGUGGCUGAGUUUCAAAUAUAAUCAUCUCUCUGUUCUUAUUUAGGGGAUCAUGGUCUUUCAGCAAGUGCAGAGAUUGUGAUGCACAUCGUGGAUGUCAAUGAUAAUAUACCCUUUCUUGUGGGAGACUACUCAAAAGCAUUCUUCUGCAGUCAUAAAGUGGACACCCAGAGGAUUCUCAUCAAGGCCUAUGACCUCGAUUCAGGACAAAAUGGCGCUCCGUUCACAUUUCAAGUUGUUAAUGACCCUAAUGUACAAGUAAAAUGGAAGAUAACUCCCCUGAAUGGUACGUUGCUCCAACAAGUGUGUCUGUGGUUUUUAAAUUCUUUAUUUUCUUGAGCAUGUAGAGAUAGGUUACCUUUUUUUUGCAUUGCCACAACAGCAUUAGCAAGCCGAGUAGGAACAGUAGGUUUGACUGCAGAUGGGUAGUUUUUGUGCAUUUUACAGGCUUUAAGGACGGGUUUCUGCAGGAGCUUGCCUUGUGUGCCACCUCUCGGCAUGGUGGUCCAGCCCCCACCCCCCUCUGUGGUUUUUAAUUAAAUAGUUCCACACAAGUUCCAUAAAACUUUCUAUUGACUAAUCCUCCUAAAAACUGAGAGUAGAUUGUGGAAAUAAAUCAUCUAGACAGUAUCGACUAGACAGGUAUCCUCAUUGGAACAAAAUCAGGAAAUGUCAAAAUGCUGGGUAGAUAAUGUCCUUUUGGAUAAAUUCUCUAAAUAAUUAAAUUUGGUGAGUUAUCAAUCUGCUCCGAUUUAAAGUGGCACUGUCAACCACCUGAAAAAUGAGAUAGAAUCUUGAAAUACUCAUUUUGACCGUCUUGGAAUUUCACUGAAAUUUCAGCCCAGUCAAUAGAAAUAUAGAGACAAGUAGGGUCUACUAUGUCUCUGUUGUUCUACUCCACCUGACUUUCUUAGAUCAGGGCAGAGCUACACUGUCAAUCUUGACAGCUGUCACCAGUGACGACUGCAGGGAAUUGGCGCUGUCUAUGGAGGAUCUCAUGGCAAAGACAUCGGCUCCUGGCGGAAGAAGAGGGCAGCGCUCUUUAGGGACAGGAUCAGGUAAGUAAAUCUCACCUUUACCUUUUCCACGACCACCAGACCCCUAACGGCAAUGUCACCUCUUGGGGUCUUUGCAAAUUCUGCAAUACCCCGGAAGGUGACUGUGCCACUUUAUUCACAUCAUGUUUUUUUUUUUUUUUUUAUCAAACUUUGCCCCAGAAUUUCUUAUUCAGUACAGUUAUUAGUUCCCCACAACAGCAAUAUUUUUGUGAAUAAAUGCCUGGGUUUUGGACCGAAAUGUCAGGUAGUUCAAGAAGCUAUUAAGUAGCCGACCGUUAGCUAAGCAAUGCACUAUAUAUUAUUGUUUAUCAUUUUAAUAUAUUGUCAUGUUACUGUGUUUUUAGUGAUAAUAAUAUUGUCUCUGUUAAAGUCCCUGUUUUAAUUUUUGUAGACUCAAAAAGAAAUAAUGAUUUUGCUGUAGAUUUGAAUUUAAACAAAGAUUUAAUAAUGUGCUUGUGGAUUAAAGUGUUGGACAUUGAACGUUCAAACUUUGCUAUCGUUCAUGUACAGAUCCCUAAGUAAACUAACACCUUCUGUCUCUCUUCCUAAUAUAGAGACUCACGCUUAUUUAUUGAUGGUAAUUAGUUACCUGGAACCAAAGGUGUAUUAUGUUCCGAUAAUCGUUAGCGACAGUGGUGAACCCACUCAAAGCCAGCGUGUGCACCUCCCAGGUAACAAAACGAUUUAUCUUCUAGGAUACAAAUAGAUAUGGUCAUCUAGGGAAGUGUAUGCAUCAGAUAAGGGUCAAGGUAGUUCUUAACUUGUCGGAAAGAAGUGGAUGUGCAAACAGAAUAUCUGUAUUUUCACAAGGAUUUUUCAUGGCCUGAUAGGGGAAAUUCCAUUGAUUUCAACAUCAAUCUAUCAAAUUAUGUGCAGGUCAACCAGUUAGAUUUAAUAAUUAAUCUAUGUAACACUGCAAGGUAUUUACUGAAUGUAGACUCAUUAUUCGUGAUAUUCGUUAAAGUGUGAAUUUACAGGAAUAAACAGUGAAUCUAAAGUCAAUUUCAAAUUUCAGGCCUGAAUCCCUCCUUCCAACCCCCUCUCCCCUCAAGUUUAGAAAGGGUUAAGAAACCCUUUUAACACUUACCAGCGCCGACAUCAUCCGACAGGUGGGGCUAAGUGUGAGGAUGGCCAGCGUCAGUUAGGGACCAAAAGUCAUUUAGCCCCCAGGAAUUGCCUCUAGUGGUUUCUGAUUGACAGCCACUAGAGGCAUUCUUAGUCCUGCAAUGUAAUUAUUGCAAUUUCUCAAGUGGGACUGGAACACUGCCCCCAGACCACUUCAAUGAGAUGAAGUGGUCUGGUUGACUAUAGUGUCCCUUUAAUAAAUAACUGCCAGAGAUUGGGAAAUAGCUGAAAGUGGAAAAUUGUCUAAAUGUUUGCAUCUCAGAUUACGCCACUGCUUACAGAAUAAUCACCAAACUAAGUGUCAAGCCAUCAAAUAGAAAUUAAGACGUUCCCUGUCCAUGCGCAACGUUUAUAUUUAAGCUCUGCUUUUCCCUGGUCUAUUUUGAGUGUGUCCAUGCCAUGCAAGGCAGUGCACAUCUGCAAGCCUCUCUCACACUUUUAUCUGCAAUUAUUUUGUGGCGUGAUAUGAUCAACUGGAUUACCUGAGGGUUCAGCCACGUCCUGCUGUGGGGAGGGCUUAAUGCAGAAGCUGCAAAUGCUGCGAAUUUACAGGAGAUGCGAAAACUUGCAAGGUUAGUAUUACUAUUUGUUUUAACGCAUUAUUCCUAUAAUGGAUUUCCAGCCCGACCUGUGAACUGUUUGGGAAAAUGCAGCCUUUAGCUGACCAUAAAAUGGACAACCAGAAAUUGAGCAAAGAAAAAAGUCAACUAUGAUCUUUAGUUGGUUCCUUUAAAAAAACAAAAAAACUAGACAAAUGAAAUAAUAAUGGGGGUAGGAAGGGGAUUUCUGCAUGUAAAACUAUUGAUGUGGCUGUAACCAUUUCUUCCAGCCCUGUCCAUCUGGCUGCUGCUUCUAUUUUAAGCGUGUUAUGAGUGAUAGGGUGAGCUAUGUGUGUUUAUUUUUUCAGCAGAGUAAUGGUGUGUGCCAGACACACACAGUAUCUUGGGAGAGCUACAAAAGGCAGACGGAGACACACAUGGCUAAUUUUAGUUGUGACUGCUACAGGGGAUUGUUGCCAAAUUGCCAUCAUGGGCAAUUGAAUUGGCAGAUGGAUGUACCAUGGUGUUUGUUAGCAAUUGUGUUCUAGCAUUUAACACUCUGAGCGCCAGAGGCAAGAACGCAGCUAGGCCUUGAAUUCGGAAGGUUACUGUUUAUAUUCAGAUUGCAUUAUUUCAUCUUCUCUGAGUCAGAGAUUAAACAGUUUAUGCAGACGUAUCAUUAGGACAAACUGCUUUGUGGUAGAGUUACCACAGCAACCACAUACAUCACCGCAUCCUCCAGAGCUACUAAGAAGCAAUGCUGGGUACAUAGCCAGGCCAGAGUUUCAUUUUGCCCACUAUGUGCUGAUUAUAUCAUUGCAGGUUAAAGAUAAACACAGAGUCAGUAACAAAGCCAAGGGCAGUACCAGAAGAUAACACAAUAGAUCAAGGAAUGCGCUAAAGGGUACUUGGACAGAAACCACAAUAAGGCACAAUGUACAGGGCUAGGGAGGUUUAAAUAUCUUUAAGUUACUUGUGAUUGGUCAAUAUCAAGCCUGCUUCCCCCAAACAUGGGUUGCCGUGCCAGAAUGACGCGGACCAACGAGAGUCUGAACCUACCUGGGGCUCCGAGCAGAGCUUAUAAUUAUAUGCCGCGGGCCGCACGAGCGGAGGCUCAAGAGGAGGACUCCGGCUGGCUCAUGGAUCUGGUAAGUACCGCUACAGCAAGUGAGCUUCUCCUUCCAUAGUACCCCCUGCAGUUAUGCACAUUCAGUGCACCCAGAUCCGCUGCAUGAAUGAGGCCAUCAGAAUUUGCAUCCCAUGCCAAACUGUGCCAGGACAGCUUCAUAAAUUAAGUGAACUGGAAAAAAAGGUCAAAUAAUUUAAAAUAAUUUUAACUGUUGUAUAGGCAAAACACAACAUGUUAGUUCCUCUUUGAUCACAAUCCCCAUAACAGGUCUUUAUUAAUUCUAUACAGCCUACAUUUUAUACCUUGGGCGUCUACUCACUAUAAGCCAAGUGUUAAUUGAAAAAAACCCAAAGCCUCUUAGAAGAAAAGGACUUCAUUAUUUCCCACAAUUCCCUAGUGAACAACACAUUCUACUCUGGUUUUAUUAUUUUAAAAUCAAAGAGGAUAAACUUGUAAUAACUCCUUGGUUUUUUUCACACCCCCUGCAUUAUAAUCCUCCUUGAAUACAGCUGAUUUCAAAUGGAACCAUUUUAAUUUUCGAUUUGGAAUCGGUAAAAUUGUAUUCAGGCAGCUUUGCUUCUGUCCAAUUAUGUCUUAAACCUUUUCUGCAAACCAAGACUCCUGCAGAUCCAAAUGCAGACAGUUUAGAUUAAGCUAAGAUUUGGAUGUGUGUUGCCAUUUAUUGUGAACAAAGAUACAAUUUAUUUCUUAUGUAAAGUGUUAAAAUGUUUUGUCAAAUAAUAUUUAUUGAGAUUAACAAAUAUAUGCUGCAAACUGUUCUUUAGUUACUAAUUAUUUCUCAAAAACUAGAUACACAGUACAAUAAAAUACACCUUGGCAGAGUUUUAUGAAAAUGUUGCUUAAAGAAAUGCGAAGGGGUGCGGGGCUUGAUUGGCGUGAUGAGCGGUUGCACUUUGGUUGAGCCCCAGGAGGCCUGUUGAAUCUUAACCCUUUUUGAUGACUUUCUGAUCUCUUAACUUAAUCCUGAUAACUCUGCUGACAUCCUGCAAUCCUGUGGUCCUACACUCUGCACUUGUCUGUGAGAGCUCUGCUCCAUUUUGUCAGCUUUCUGCUGUGGCAAUCCUGCGGCCUACUUGGCGACAUGGACAUGAGGCAGGUGGCCGACCUCUCUGUCCUCCAUAUAUUAGAUGGUGGAAUCCUCAAUGGAAUAUCCCAUUUCCCUCCCUUGCAAGUGAGGGUUUACUGGCAUUUCCAGCUACCAACCCUCAACUAGGACUUACCUGAGUGCACACAGAGAGGGCGUCUUAUAUGUGCCCAACAUGUAGGCUGGGCACGAGUCCAUAAAUUCCAUGGCUCAUGGGAGGCCUGCACAGCUUCAGCAAGAUUCCCUGGUGGCAUUUGACCGCUUAUGUGCUGUUAUCUGAGAUUGACUGUAACUCUGCAGAGGUUCAGGUGUCCAUGAGCACCCCAGAUUGAGGCGAGUAUCUCAAAUAGCAACUGGGAGGAAGACUGAUACUCAAAUUGUGCUGGAUAAACCUGCGGGUCCUUUGGUUUGCUGGUCCAAGUUGGGGCCACGUCUCUUUCCUCUCACAUGUCCAGGGUUCAGGGAGAUCCAACCUGGAUCAUUAUAAGAAAACUUAGUGUCACAAAAGUGUCCAGGUGCUGUCUUACCUUUUCACUUCCUUCUUACCAUUUUUCCAAUAAUUUAAACCUGAAGUUGAUCCUAAGGCACCUGACACCUGGCACAGCUGCCUCCAGCUUCCUUCCUGAAGACAAAUUAAUGGCUUUUUCCAAUAUGAGCCAAAAGUCGGUUAUCAGUCCAUGCAACUCACUGUUUAGUGAAUAAUGCCCCUAGUAUUGACAUUUGCUUAACUAUUUCAGUCCAGAGUGCAGACAAAUAGCUGUUUUAUCUCCCCUGACUGGUUCCAUUAAUAUUUUUGUUGAUUUUCUAUUUACAGUACAUUGUAAGUGGUUUUCCCACAAUGCCCCCUGUGGAGAAGCCCUAAAGCUCUAUUCUCGGUCAUCUGUCUUCAUUUAAACAUCUAUUUGAGAAGGAAUAAAAGUCUUUGCUCUAACCACUCGAUUGCCAGGGUUUAAUGUGUAGCUAACCUCAUUUUCAGAGAAAGAGUUAAGGCUCGUUCUAGAAUUUGGCAGUGUUACAGAAAGCGUAGGGAUGUCAGCCUAUUUUUGGCCAGAGUGGAUUCUGUCAGGGUGCCAUUGUUUAUUGGCUAUUUCUUUGGGGCUAUAAAUUCAGGUUACUAAAAUACAAGUUUAAAAUAUAGUGAACUUCAUUUUAUUAUAGAGGGACUGUAUGUGUGCGUGCAUGUUUGUCUACGUGUGUAUAUAUACAUAUUAAAUAUAAAUAUAUACGCUGUAAUAGUUUGAUAUAUAUAUGAUAUACACACACACACACAUAACAUUUCUUUACAAUCCUUCUAUAUUUAAUGUUGUUGUUAAUCUUUAAAUCAUAUCCAGCCAGGAGUGCUAUGUGAUGUUCAGAUUGGUCCUUGCUGUAAGUUGUUGUAUAACAGAAUUAAUAUACACUUCUCAGAGAAGGAAGAUGCAGACAAUUUUUUUCUUUCUAAAUGUAUUCUGUUUUAUUAUAAUUGCGGCGGUAAAGUAAUUGAUGAUUACUAGAUUAAAAAAAAUAAGACCUUAUUCUAUAUUAAAGGACCACUCUAGGCACCCAGACCACUUCAGCUUAAUGAAGUGGUCUGGGUGCCAGGUCCAGCUAGGGUUAACCCAUUUUUUCAUAAACAUAGCAGUUUCAGAGAAACUGCUAUGUUUAUGAAUGGGUUAAGCCUUCCCCCUAAUCCUCUAGUGGCUGUCUCAUUGACAGCCACUAGAGGCGCUUGCGUGCUUCUCACUGUGAUUUUCACAGUGAGAGCAUGCAAGCGUCCAUAGGAAAGCAUUAUGAAUGCUUUCCUAUGUGACCGGCUGAAUGCGCGCGCAGCUUUUGCCGCACGUGCGCAUUCAGCCCAGGAGGAGGAACGGAGGAGGAUUGGAGGAGGAGAGCUCCCCGCCCAGCGCUGGAAAAAGGUAAGUUUAAACCCCUUUUCCCCUUCCAGAGCCGGGCGGGAGGGGGCCCCUGAGGGUGGGGGCACCCUCAGGGCACUAUAGUGCCAGGAAAACGAGUAUGUUUUCCUGGCACUAUAGUGGUCCUUUAAAGCAACAAUGUCAGGCAUAAUUCCCUAACUUCCAUUAAAUCUUCUUUUAUUUAUGUCUCUCGUUACUGGCUUCUUUUCUACUUUUCUCAUCUGUUUCUCCUAAAAUACAUAAGACAAAGCAGGGACUACUUUGCCUAAUGUAUGUUUACUAGGCCUGACAAAACUCAACAAAAGGCUGAGUAAUGUUUUGUUAUGUCCCCCAGCCGUCACUAGUGAUGGCUGUGGGGGAAAAAAGACAAUGUCCACUGAGGCUCCGGCUGUCUCGUGGGAUCCUCCAUAAAACCUCAGUGCUGUACUCCUGUGCAUGCGCAAGAUCACAGUACUGACGUGGCUCCCGGAAGAAGAAAUUUCAAGAGUUGAAGAGGAUCUACUGGAUGCUGAUGUUGGCGGCUGGAAGAGCCAGCUUCAGGUAAGUAGAACUGUGCCAUCAGUGGGGAAACAAAAAUAAGGUAUGCUAGAAAGUGGAUAGUGAAACAGUUUGCUAAUUCAUAAAAGCGCAGUAUAAGUGGAACAUGUGCUGCAGUUCAAAGAGCUGUCUUUGGGUUUUACCCUUAUACAGUGAAUUGUAGUGAAUUGAAAGCCAAACAGAGAAAUUGAGAAUAAAAUAGCCAAGCUGUGAUCAUAGCCGAGUUGGUCGACGUUUCUAAAUCGACUAUUUUGGCUUUCAGUAUGCUACAGUUUGGUGUUUAGGGAAUAAACCCUUGAAUGGAGUGGCUCUCCAUUCAUCACCUGUGAAUUUUCGUGAAACUACAUUAAAAUCCUGCCAUAGGAAGCGUUUUUGUGCUUUUACCGGGUUAUUCGAUAGAGUGAGAAUUUGCAGGAAUUCAAAGGGUAUUUCAAAUUUAAGGUCAAUAACUGACCUGGAAACAUUGGUAACUUGGAGAAUUGAUGCAGUUUGGUUAUUGGGGCCAUAAAUGGGAAAUACAAUUUGAAUUCCAGACAAUUCUCAGUUUGUAGUUCAGUUUCCAAACCAAUGAGAGCCCUAGUGAAAAGCCCUUCGGUUUGAUAUGGUUAAUUGAACUGAUAGCAUUAAUCAUAUGCGACCUAUAGGAUCCAUUAUUGCUAAUUCUCCACCUUUUGACCCCUCAGUCAGCGUGUGCCAAUGCGGCUCCAGUAACCAAUGCAUUGGGGAAGUGAACAAGAUGGAAAAUAUGCCAACGGUUUCAACGGCUAUGGGCACUCUUUUUGGGACUUUGGGAGCCAUAGGUAUGUACUAAAAUAAGUGAAGAAUUAAGGCAACCUGUAUAUUCUGCUUAAAGAUAUAUAUUUUUUGAGAUUUGAGAUGUCACCCAUGUAACCAGGCAGCUGCCAUCAGAAAUGUGGGUAACCCUUGCAAGGCUCAAGUAUUGGACCCCAGGACCCGCCCUGAAGUCUACCCACAAAGCUCACAGAGAGUGAAGUGUAUGUGUGUUGGGGAUGUGUUGUGUGCUGUUGUAGAGGAUGUAAUGUGUGUGUUUAUGGAAUGUAGUGUAUAGGGAAAUCAGUUUCUGUAGGAGAUGUAUUGUAUGUAUAGGGGAUGCAAUGUGUGUGUAUAGGGAAUCCAGCUCAUGUAGCGGAUUUAGUGUAUUUAUAGGGAAUACAGUUUGUGUAGGGGAUGUUGUGUGUGUGUGUGUGUGUAUAUAGGGCAUGCAAUGUGUGUGUAUAGGUAAUCCAGAUCAUGUAGCUGAUUUGGUGUGUAUAUAGGGAAUACAGUUUGUGUAGGGGAUGUUGUCUGUGUGUGUGUGUAUUUAGGGGAUGCAAUGUGUGUGUAUAUGGAAUGCACUGUGUUUCUGUGUAAAGCAGGAAGCGUGUGUAUAUAGUGAAUGUAAUAUGUGUAUAGUGGAUACAUUGUGUAUGUUUUGUGGAUGCUGUGUAUUUGUGUGUAAGGGAUACAUGCUGUCGUUGUGUAAGGGAUGCAUUGUGUGUUUCUGUGUGUGUGUGUAUGUUUACUAUAUAUGGAAUGUUUACACAUCUGGACAUUGUUUUAGUCAAAGAUCGCAUGGUUCACGUAUAGUAUCCAUUUAAGGUGUGAAAGUAUUGUGAUCUUAUCUGCUUUAUAUUAACCCCUUAAGGACCGAGGACAGUUCAGGACCGUCAUCUGCAUUUUCCCAUUGCCACGUCCUAACGGUCCUAGUUACUUACCUGAUCAGCGUUGCUCCCAUUGUGGGGAGACUGCCUGCAGCCCAGACAGUCUCCCCAUGGCGGAUUAGGACCCCUGUGGCCAUGUGAUCGCUCAACACAGCGAUCACAUGGUCACAAUAGGUGUCCAUGUGUCUGCCUGCAGGGGGACUGCCUGUGCUGACAGGCAAUCUCCCUGCAUGUGUAAAAAUCAAAAAAUAAAAAUAAAGUUAAAGUAAAUAAAAAAAAAAAUAUAUAUAUAUAUAUAUGUGUGUAUAUAUAUAUAUAUAUAUAUAUAUAUAUAUAUAUGAUAUAUAGACAUAUGAAAUGUUAUUCUAACUGUAUUUUGAUAUAUAUAUAUAUUACAUAAAUAAUUAUAUAAAUAUACAGGUAGACUUCAAAUAUAUAAAUAUGCAUAUAUAUUUAAAUUCUACGUGCGUAUUUAUGUAAUAUUUUUACAUAAUUAAGUAAUUUUAUUAAUUGCAACUUGAGGGACCUGCCUGCCAACCCAGGCCGAAAGUCCAGAGAAUUUAAUUUGCUAGCACUGUAUUUUACCUUGUAACUUUCUAGGACACCCUAAAACCUGUACAUGGGGGGUUCCGUUUUACUUGGGAGACUUCGCUGAACACAAAUAUUAGUGAUUCAAAACAGUAAGACAUAUCACAGCGAUGAUAUUGUCAGUGAAAGUGACUUUUUCACAUUUUUCACACACAAACAGCACUUUUACUGAUGAUAUAAUUGUUGUGAUACGUUUUCCUGUUUUGAAACACUAAUAUUUGUGUUCAGCAAAGUCUCCCGGGUAUAACAGUACCCCCCAUGUACUGAUUUUAUAGCGUUUUUGAAAGUUACAGGGUCAAAUAUAUGGGUCAAAUAUUUUUACAUUGAAAAUGGCCAGGUUGGUUACAUUGACUUUGAGAGCGUAUGGUAGCCCAGGAAUGAGAAUUACCCCCAUGAUGGCAUACCAUUUGCAAAAGAAGAAAACCCAAGGUAUUGCAAAUGGGGUAUGUCCAGUCUUUUUUAGUUGCCACUUAGUCACAAACUCUGGCCAAAAUUAGCGUUCAAUUUAGCUUUUUACUUUUUUCACACACAUACAAAUAUGAAUGCUAACUUUGGCCAGUGUUUUCGACUAGGUGGCUACUAAAAAAAACUGGACGUAUCCCAGGGCCGGUGCAAGGACUUCUGUCUACACAGGCGAAGACACAUUUUGCUGCCCCCAAAAUGUAUCUUCACCUGUCUGUCUAAUAUUCCCACUUUUGCCCCUCUUACCAAUUAUUUUGCCCCUUUGCAUCUUACCACCUUUUUCUCUUGUUUUCCUUUUUUGUAUAUUGUAUCCUGUCUGGCAUUAUUUUUUACGUGCUUUGUGUCUUCAUCCUACUUUUCUUUACCCCCUUGCGUCACACACUCACUCGCUCAUACACACACACACACUGACCAUAACACACACACACUGACCAUUACACACACACACACUGCUAAUACACACACACUGGCUCUAACGCACACAGUCUCUUACACACUUGGACGGCUUAUACACACUCACCGGCUCUAACAGACACACACAAACAGUCUCUUACACACACUGCUUAUACACACUCACUAGCUGUAACACACACACAGUCUCUCACACACACACACUGCUUUACACUCACACAGUCUCUUACACACACACAGUUUAUAGACACACACACACACUAACUCUUACACACACACUACACACACACUGGCUAUAACACGCACACACACACACUAGCUCUUACAUACACACACUGGCUCUAACACACCCACAUUAACACACACACACACACACACACACACUAACUCUUACAUUCACACACUGGCUCUAACACACACACACACACACACUAACUCUUACAUUCACACACUGGCUCUAACACACACACAUUAACACACACACUAACUCUUACAUACACACACUGGCUCUAACACACACACAUUAACACACACACACACACACAUACACUGGCUCUAACACACACACUAACUCUUACACACACACACACACACACACACACUAACUCUUACAUACACACACUGGCUCUAACACACACACAUUAACACACACACAAACUCUUACACACACACACACUGGCUCUAACACGCACACACACUAACUCUUACAUACACACACUGGCUCUAACACACACACUAACUCUUACAUACACACACUGGCUCUAACACACACACUAACUCUUACACACACACACACACACACACACUAACUCUAACACACACACACACUAACUCUUACACAUACACACACACUAACUCUUACACACACACUAACUCACACACAUUAACACACACACACACACAUACACUGGCUCUAACACACACACUAACUCUUACACACACACUUACUGUUUCUUAUAGUUGAGGUCCCGCUGCACUGUUGUAGCUUUCCUCCACAGCAGUUGGCCGCCGGGAUAUGAUGUCACGUAUCCCAGCGGCCUGUAGCUCAGGAAGAGAGUUGCCGCGGUCGCUCCUCGCUGUUCCGCCCACUUCCCUCAGUGGGUGCACGUUUCUCAGCCAGUUGGGCAGAUAGCUGCAGAAAUUGACCGGCGGGAGCGGAGUUCUCCGUGCUCCCGCCAGUCACUCGGACAAUUUUUGCGCCCCUUGGGUCCGUGCGCCCUAAGGCGGCCGCUUGUGCCGCCUUAUGGUAGCGCCGGCCCUGACGUAUCCCAUAUUGAAUACCCUGGGUUGUCUACUUUAAAACAAAUAUGUACAUGUGGGGUGUUAUUCAGAGAUUUAUGACAGAUAAUAGUGUUACAAUGUCACUAUUGAUACAUUUGAAAAAAUUUAUGUUUUGGAACCGCAAUAUCCUACUUCUACCUAUAGCCCUAUAACUUGCAAAAAAAAGCAAAAAAGCACGUAAACACUGGAUAUUUUAAAACUCAGGACAAAAUUUUGAAUCUAUUUAGCAGUUUUUUUUAUUCGCUUUUGUAGAUGAGCAAAAGAUUUUUCAAGUAAAAGUAAAAAAACAGGGAUUUUUUUCAAUUUUUCAUCAUAUCUUUUUAUUUUUUUUAUUAAAUUACAUGAGAUUAUAUAAAUAAUGGUAUGUAAAGAAAGUCUUUUUUGUCCUGAAAAAAACAAUAUAUAAUUUGUAUGGGAACAGUAAAUGAGAGAGCAGAAAAUUACAGCUAAACACAAACACCACAAAAGUGUAAAAAGAGGCCUGGUCGCAAAUGUAAAACAUUGCAAAAACAGUCCAGUCCUUAAGGGGUUAAAUAAACUAUUCCUUUGUUAAAUCCUAGAUGUAGUGCUUGAAGAAACCACUCUCCAGCUCCUACAAAUUAAAAUUUGUCAAAUGUAUUUAUUUCAGUUCUCAUCCUGAUCAUAAUCUUCCUACGGCUGUCUCUCUUUGCCUCUCCCAAGAAUUUAGCGACAUCGGACUCAAUUCCUUUAAAGAACGCUGUAUGAAAAUAUCCACUCAGCUCAUCGAAAACAUACUAAUUUACUGCAUAUAUCUCCCAUUUUCCACUGCAACAACUUGUACUUCCAUUCCUGAUUUACAAAUGAACUGAACAGUAUUCUCUCUUUACCCUUCCAUAUGGUGUGGGGUCUAGUCCCUAGACAACUCAGAUCUAUGAAAUGUAAUUUGUUGAUUAUUUUCUGAAUGUUGAUUACAAAACUGGCCCAUUUCAUUUCUCUCUUUCUCUUCUUAAUAUCCACAUCUACACAAUGUGUAUUAACCCCUUAAGGACACAUGACAUGUGUGACAUGUCAUGAUUCCUUUUUAUUCCAGAAGUUUGGUCCUUAAGGGGUUAAAGUAAAUUCAAUUUCAAACAUCUAAAAUCAAAACUGGGGAAAUGUCAUAGAUAUUACAGACCUAAAAUUUUCAUGAUGUAUUCACAGCCUCGUGGGAGUUGUAGUUUAUAACGACUGGAAGCCUACCUGUUGGAGAUCUCUUUUAUAGAGGGCAAUAUUGUGUCAUUUAUUAGUUAUGGUCUUUGAAAUUUGCUCGAGGGAAACAUUUAAUAAUCUCCCCCAGGAAUAAGUAGGUUUUUAUAGAAAUGUUGAGCUAUUUUUUCUUCUUUGCUUAGAAAACUGGAGCAAGCAAUGAGCUAUGGGAAACCCCAUCAGUAGCCCUGCGGCAAUCCAUCUCGUCAAAUAAACCACCGCAGUUAACAGAUUUUCCAAUCCACGUUCACGCUAGUUUUCCAUCUGUUCCAUUUUUGACAGUGUUUUGCUUUGUAGAAAUAUUUUUCCGUAGUUUAUUCUGUGUAGAAAGUGCUUGUUUAUACCUCGCCACCCAGUUAGCUACUUGAUAAGUGAAUCACUUGCACAAUAUUUCACAUGAGGCAACAUUGGGAAGUGAUUUACAAGGGUUUUUUGAGAAGUUGUGUAAAAAAUUGUUCACGAAUAUAAAAAAAAUACCCCAGUUAAACUGUCUGUAUCUUCUUUCUCCUCGGAUUGGGGAUGAUAUAAUUAUCUCUACUUCUGAUAUAACGUAGUGGAUGGGGCACCAUCUGUAGAAUUUUAAAGUCAAACGUUUGACGAGUUUAUCUGGAUCAAGAGUUGCCAGAAGGUGGAUCUCCAGCCAGGGCAGCCAUCAGAAAUUGUGGGGCCCCUAAU